CCAUUUACUUUGAAUCCAUUUCAAUGGAACAGACAAAAAUUAAAUACUUGGGUUUUAAACUGUUUAAAUUUUAACAUUGGAAUUGGCUGCACUAUUGUACCAAGUAAAGAAGUAACCCUUUCUGGCAUAACCUUAUAAAGAUGCAGAAAAAUAAAUAUUUCUUUAAUGGAUCAUCAGACUAGCUUUAAGUAAAAUUCCAUUGAAUAAGCCUGAUCAUUUAUUUGUUUAGUUGUUCCAUUUAUUCACCACCUUUUCUUCCAAGCAGCUCAGUGUGGUGUACAUCGUUCUCCUCCUCCCCAUUUCACCCUCACAACAACCCUGUGAGGUAGGUUAGGAUUAUAGAUGAUGACUGGCCCAAGGUCACCCAGUGAGCUUUAUGGCUGAGUGGGGAUUUGAACCCUGCUCUCCCAGGUCGUAGUCCAGCACUCUAACCAUUACACAACACUGGCUACUGAAAUACCAAUAAGCUACUGAAAAGCCAUACCUAGACCUACUUGCAGGGUGAGGACUGAAAGGAAUACAAUUUGGGAUUUUAAAAGAAAAACAGAAACUGACCUAAGCAUAUGAACUGGAUAAAGAAUCAAUUGUAAGACCUGGGAUGAGGAGAGGGAUGGUUUUUUGGGACUGAUACCAGUGCUCUGAUAGCCCAAGUCUAAUCCCAUUGAUUCAAAAGUAACAUCUCACCACCUGGCAUCCAUAGUGCUUACUACUUGGUGAAUAUUUAGUUAUUGUUAGGUCCUGUUUUCUCCUCCAGGAGUUUGGGGUGGCUAACAAUCACCAUAAAUUAUAAUAAAUACAGUAAAACAAUAGUUAAAACAUCGACAAAUCCACACCAACAAUUAAAAUAUCAUAUAGUAGACAAUAAAACUUUUAACAGUUAUUCUUCAUUCCAUUUGUUCCAAAAGCGGCUGGCUUGGUCAUGCCCACAGAAUGGAAGCUGGCAGGAUCCCCAAGGAUGUGCUCUCCAGGGAGCUGGCUUCUGGCACCAGGCCAACUGGCAGACCAAUGCUGCGUUACAAAGAUGUCUGCAAACAUGACAUGAAGGCUGGCAAUAUCAACUCUGCCAUGUGGGAAUCCCUUGCAGAUGACCACAGUACCUGGAGACAGGCAGACAAGUCACGUAUCCAUAGCAGUGACCAGAGGAGGAAUGACCGCUGGGAAGAGUGCCAUGGUGCAUCUGCAGCAGUACAACUGGACACCUUCAUUUGCACCCAACUGUAACAAAACAUGUCUCUUCCUGCAUCAGCGCUGCAACCUUCCAACAGUUAGACCUCAUUCUCAAAGGUGCAUACUUCCAUUGUCUCCCAAGACAGACAGAUGCCAAUAACCACUCUUAAGUUUGCACCUCAUUUUUGUCAAGGUGGAAGACAACUAAGCAUCACCUUGAAGGGAGUUCCACAAAUGGGGGCUGCCCCUGAGAAGCCCUGCUCAGUCAUCAUCUCACAGGCCAUGCUUACCAACUGAACAAUGAGCAGGAAGAAGAAAAAGAGUUUGGAUUUGAUAUCCUGCUUUAUCACUACCUGAAAGAGUCUCAAAGUGACUAACAUUCUCAUUUCCUUUCCCUUCCUCUCCCUCAACAAACACUCUGUGAGGUGAGUGGGGCUGAGAGACUUCAGAGAAGUGUGACUAGCCCAAGGUCACCCAGCAGCUGCAUGUGGAGGAGCGGAGACACGAACCCGGUUCCCCAGAUUGCGAGUCUACAGCUCUUAACCACUACACCACACUGGUUCUCUCACCAGUCUUAAAGCAGAGUUGGUAGUUAUUGGGAAGACACUCCUUUAGGUAUUCGGGCUCAAGAGUCAUACAAGGCUUUGUACAUCUGUACACCAUUAAUUGGGCCUGACAGCUAACAGGCCAGUGCUGAGUUUUAAGUACUGUGAUGUGGUCUCAUCAACACCAGCAGUUACAAUUUGUUUUAAAUGGUUGCAUUUACAUGACAAAUGGUAAAACAGCUUUAGGAUCUCAGUUGGUAUGAAUUAAUUUUAAUUGUUCAGCUUUUAAAAUAUGUGUGUUUUAAAACCAGAACACUUAUCUUCUGAACAAGAACUCUGGAAAUAUAAUGUGUAUGUAUUUCUGCUUCCCUAUUUUAACUCUUUUCACGUGUGAAAAAGGGACUUGGGGUUCAUCCUGCAUGCAAUAUAGCUCUCAUCCAAGUACAGUGGUACCUUGGGUUACACAAGCUUCAGGUUACAUACGCUUCAGGUUACAGACUCCGCUAACCCAGAAAUAGUACCUCAGGUUAAGAACUUUGCUUCAGGAUGACAACAGAAAUUGGGUGGCAGCAGUGCGGCGGCAGCAGCAGCAGCAGGCCCCAUUAGUUAAAGUGGUGCUUCAGGUUAAGAACAGUUUCAGGUUAAGAACGGACCUCUGGAAUGAAUUAAGUACGUAACCAGAGGUACCACUGUACUGUCUUACAUUAUUUCCUCAUUUAAUUCAGAUGAAGUGUUUCUGUGGAAAAUCCAGUAAGUCACACCCACCUACCCAAAAUGGUAAAACUGGAUUGAACAGAUAAGGGGGAGACACAGGGUGUUUUGAUAAGUACACUGUGAAAAACUUUCAUUCAGGAGCAGCAUCAAGUUCACAAUAAACUAUGUGCAAGCACUGUAAGAAAUAUAUGUGUUAUGGGCUUAUUAAAGUAACCUUUGUGAGCAUGGCUUGGGAUAGGAGAGCAUUUACUGUGGAUUUGAAUAUGAAACAAUUGCCAUGCAAUAAUCUGUGUAUAUGUAGCUAGUUGAUGAAUCCUCACAACACUGAAAAAAAAAGUCCAACAUCAGUGCUCAAAAUAGGCUUGCCAUAUUUCAAAAAGUGGAAAACCCGGACACAAAAAUUAUGCUUUUUUUUUUUUUUGCAAAGUUGAUGGGCUUUUUUUGGGGGGGGUGUCAAAGUUCUUGAACCUUUUUUUGUUUUGCCCAGUUGUUUUUUACAAGAUCUACAAACAUAGGCUGCCAUACAUCUGGAUUUUCCUUGACAUUUCUGCAGACGUUGUUUAUGAGGCCUGAAUACCGGGUAUGUCCAGACAUAUAGCAUACCUAAAAAUAGUGACCUGUGACCCAGGUUAAGGACCUGGCCUUGCUUGAGGUUAUUCCCUAAUUUGUUAGAAAUACAUGAUGGUGUUUAACCACGAACAGAAACAACAUUCUGCAUGUACAUUCUGUAUCAGAUACUUGAUUUUCUUCUUAGAAUGCAAUGACCACGUAUUAUUUUAGCUUCCAAGUAUCUUUUACUAGAAAACCAACAAACCUUAUCCAACCUGCUCCCUGGGUACCAGGGUUAACGAGGAGUCCUAAUGACCAGGCUAGGCCUCUAAGAGCCUCGACACACGCCACUGAGCUUUGGGGCUGCUAAUUCAAAAAUGGAGGAUGAGCGCCUCAACCAUUAAUUAAUAAUGUAGCUCUCUGUCUUCCUGCGUGUCACAAGCUGGAAAGGCGGUGAUCGGCCAAUAAAGAUGUAGGGGAAAGAAGUCGAAAGCUCCUCCCAACAGCUCUUCCUCAUUGAGAGCUGAAGUAGUAGAUCAAAAACUUCCGAGGAGCGGGGUUGGUGGGGGGCAGAAAUAAAAGAGGGGAGACUCAUCAGAUACCAGCCGGGCGGAAGGGGCAAUCGAGUUACUAAUCAGGUAGGAGGAGAUGGUGCAGCCUUUACCUCUGUCUCAGGAGGGUCAAUUUGCCUUACAGACCUUUCCGGGAAGACGGGGGAGGAGGGGAAGGCACUCUCGUGUACAUCCUGACAGCAGGAAGGGAAGGCUCAUCUAACAGCCUCUCAGCUGGAGGGGAUCCCUCGUUAAACAUCAGAUCAGACGGGGUGUGUGUGAGAAAGAGAGAGGAAAGGGGAGGGGGGGGGAGAGGAGAGAGUCCCGACAGAAGCUGGCCGGGAAAGCAGAUAAGCGAUCAAAAAGACUUGCCCUCCUUCUCUUCCCUGUUUGCUUGGCAUUUUGGAGAGAGAGCGGAAGGAGGUGCGCGGAACAGCGCGCCGGGCCGGUCAGAGGGCGACCCCCGUGGGCGGAGCGGGGGGGGGAGGCGGUGAGUCCAAGGGAGGCCUUAGACACCGGGGGAGGGGAAUCCCCGGGUCGGUCGAGCACGUUGUGUGGCGGCGGAGGAGGAAGGGGGGGUAGUAGUAGUAGUAGCAGGAGGAGGAGGGAGUAGUCGUUGCCGCCGCCGCCGCCUGCUGUUCGGCGUCAUGGCCCCAUUGUGAGGCGGCCUAGGGGAGGGGGGGGAGAGAGAGAGAGAAGCGGGGGAGGAAAGGAAGGAUCCGCUCUCGCUCUCUCCCUUGCGCACACAGAGCUCGCUCAGUCCCAGGCGAGGAAGCGGCGUGUCAGGCGCACGCACACAAAAGGAACCGUCUUCGGGCUGCUCCUGCUGCUGCUUUCGCCGCUCCUCUUCGCCUCGACUUGACGCCCUCCUUUCUCUCUCUCCCCCCCCCCCCGCUACUCCUCAUAUACUCCACUUAGAAACGGGACCCGGGCGAUGCCACUGUUGCACCGAAAGCCCUUCGUGAGGGAGAAGCCCCCCGCUGACCUUCGGCCGGACGAGCACGUCUUCUACUGCAAGGUCACCAACGAGAUUUUCAGGAACUACGAGUAAGUCUCUCUCUCUCCCUCUCUCCCCCCCCCCCAUUUCCUCGUGGGCUCUGGCGGGCUGAUUUGAACAGGAAAGCGCGGCGGAGGCGGCGGGAAAUGGCUGACACCUGGCCUGGGAAAAGAAGAGGGUGGGGAGGGAAUCCCCCUCCGAAAGGUCGGGAAAACCCCCUGACCACCCCUCUUGCGAGGGGAGGAGGGGGCGUCGAGCCAGGUCCUGCCCGCUGUCCUUUAGCGCGCGCUCUUGUGUCUCCCCUCAGGACGGGGGGGGAGGGGGAGAGGAGGAAAUAAAGUUUGUGGCAAGUGGGGGGGGGGCGGGUCUGGUCCCUUCCCGCCGUCCCUGUCCCUCUGGUAUCCCGAGACCACUCUCCCCCCUCCCUCCCGCCGCAUGUCAAAGCGGCUUCCACUAGGCCUUUCGCGAGGUGCUCGCAUUUGCCUCCGGUUUGUGGAAGCGACUUGGCGCGUUUGAGCGAAUCCGAGCGCGGAAACCGCCACCCAGAAAUCAACGGCCGGCCGCGUCGUAUAGACGCCGCUUUGGAGGGUCUGCGCGAAGGGGAGCCUCCGGACGGGCGCUGCUAACCGCCCCGCGCGCACACUAUUGUUUUCCCAGCAGCUGGCAGGACGGCGAAUAAACGCGCCGCCUACUGUAGCCGCCCUCCCGCUCCCAAAUGCGCCUCCGUUGGGGUUGAGUUCAAAACAUCGACAGCCCCUCCUGCCGUCUCCUUUCAUAGUGCAACUGAGUCGGGUUUUUAUCUGUUUAAAAGCGCCCGACCCCCCUUAAACCUCUCCUCUUUUCGACACACUAGGCGUUUUAGUACCCUAAACUUCCACCCGGGCGAGUAGGACUCGUCGGCACCUGUUUCUUGAGCUCCAAAGGGGGUGAUAAUUCUGUUUCCGUAGUAUCUGUCAGGGUUCUUCUAACGCUGGCAAGUACAAUAGUUGAGCGUAUUCAAGGGAAAGUGAUGACGCAUUUGAAUGUGCUGGUUUAGCUAAAGCUGUGUAUCUCAGUAUUGUGCUUUAUUGCCAUGCAUUAAGAGUUCCAUUGAUUUUGUGGCUUUCACUCUGGCUUGUUCGGUUUUAAAAAUGAAAGAGGAGGACAGUUGGUCCACAAGGUAUUCUCUCUAAUGGCAGGCUAUCAAUUAAUUAGUUAAAAGUACUAAUCUAGUUACUUAGUUAAUGAAAUAAAGCUCAGUACAGCAGCACUACUUUUGGGUGAGAUUUUCAUGAAUAUAAGAGUUACGUAUUUCCCAGUUUAGAGGAGCCUUCAGUUUCUAUAAUAACUUUUCACAGGACUUUGUUUUUCCACGAGAUGACGUGAAUAGUAAUUGCAUGUAGUAUUCAAUUAGCUUACAUUUAAAAUAUAUUUAUAAACUUCAUUAGUUUAUCCUUGUUCUUAAGUAUUGGCAUAGGUAUGAAGAGAAUAUGUGAACUUUACAUAUUAAAUGUAAUAUUAGGAGAAAAAGUUCUUCAGGACAAAAGUCUUCAUCCAGAACUCUGAUAGAUAAGAAGUUGGAAUAUGUUUUUCAUCCUUCCCCUUUAUUCACAACACUUUAUGUAUAAUCCAGCCAAAGCUGAGCACUUUGAAGUCCAAAAAAAUUUAGCUGGAGAGGUGAGCUAUGCACAAUUCUUCUACUGACAUCAAUAGGGUAUAAAAAUUCUCAGUGUUGUCCCAGGAACACAUAAGGGCAUGUGCAGAGUUCCUUUCGCUCACCGUUGAGAAACCAUUGCUAGACCCACAUUUGUUGGAGAUGUGAGAAGGGAUCUGGGGGUAAGAAAAUGCCUAUCAAAUUCUUCCAUUUAGAAAUGUAGCAGCAAGAGAAGAAAUCUUACAUUAUUUUAAGAAUUGGACUGAUUUUAGAUAAAGUUAGAUAAGGAUAUAUAAGUUUGUAAAAUACAGGAUGCUCUUAAUGCAUUCUUGUAUUUAGCAAUUUAUCUGGUAGUCAGAGGUAGCAAGUACGGCAAUUCCAUGUAGGCAAAUGAGUGUUCUGGGGGGGGGGGGGGAGCAAGCAGGCAACCACUCAUCUGUGUUAGCCACAGGGAAUGGAAAGUCUCUUCCUCCAUGAACAGUGUGGAACUGUAGUGGGCCAAACAGUUUUUUGUGUUUUUGUUUUUUACUAAUAGGCUACACAUAGAAAAGGGAUCUUCCCUUUUCCACAGCCAAUAUAUUGUUGUUAUUAUUAUUGUUGUUGUCAUUAUUAUUAUUGUUGUCAUUAUUAAUUGUCCUUAAUGCUUUUCUUAACAAAAUGUAUUCCAAAGCCACUUGCUAAAUAGUAUAAAGAUUAAAACCAGUAUAAAACCAAAACAGAGUAAAAAACUAAAAUUGCAGUUAUGCAUUUAAGAGACACAUCACCACACAAUUGGGGAUUGUGGUUUUGCUCCCAUCAAACUACAACCUAUCACCAAGGUACAUUCUUGGCUUAUUGACUAUGGUUAAUUUGAGUAAAACAUCCAUGGACAUAAUACUUAACCCAGGGAUCAUGGUUUGUUAUCCCUGGCUGCGUGCUUGUGGAAAGAAGCAAAAUCAUCAGUUACAAUUACAUAAGAACUGGUCUUACGUUUCUGAUUUAUCAAAUUUGUAUGCAUAUAUAUAGUGUUGCAAUUAUAUACUUGCAACAGCUCAAUGAGGUGGAGAUAGUGGCUACUCCAGAUUAAUCAGGGUUUCGGGCCAGGUAUUUUGGGCUAAGUCCAACAGUUUUAUUACAUGAUGCUGGCUGUCAGGUUUGGAGAGACACCAUGUUCUGUGGUACAAGGAAACCAUGGGACAUGCAUGCUUUCCCAGGUUACUGUUUCUGUUACAGUGAUUGCAAACCUGCAUGAAUCUCAUUAGCUGGAUGAUAGACUGAUUCAAUUUUUCCUUGUAGUGCUUUUUAAAGUUUUAUAUAUAUGUCUAUUUAUUGUAAGCUGCUUUGGACAGGUAUUUGCCUAAAAGCAGCCUAAAAAACUAAUUAAUAGAAGUCGUAAGAUUCAGUACUAUCCACACAACAAAUCCACAAAUUCUGCUAAAUUAAAGUUUCAGGAAUUUUUAUACUACUAUAAAACACUUCUGUAGCACCAGAAGAUUUGGCAUUUUCUCCACUCCUUAUUCAGUUAGAAGAGAGUGGCAAAACUUUCAUCUUAGUAGUAUCAACUCUUUGCCACUUAAGAAGUUCAUUGAACCCAUAAAGUGCCGUAUUUAGUAGUUGCCCAUAAAAUGGACUGUAGCCCAGCAGCCAAUCAUUAAAAUCAUAAUCAUAUUAUUAGUAUCUCUAGACCAAUUGAAUCUUGGUUGCUUUGUUGACAGUCCCCCUGGUUGAAAGUCUUGCAGCUGAAUGCUAGUUCGGUUAAUGGGAAGACAGCUGCCAUCCAGAAUUUAAUCCUGGAUGAGCAUGCUGACCUGGCAUAUAUUACAAAGACCUGGCUGUAUGUAAAUCUUUCCCAGCUUUUGUCUGCCAGUUUUUCCAAACAGUAGCAGGUGGCCUAGUGGGCUGUAGUGAUUCCAUUCCCAUACCCAGGUGCCUCAUUCAACAUUACAGUUUUCAUUCAUUUAAUUAUAGUUUCGAGCAUGUUUUUUUUAAUGGUGGGUGUUCAGGAUAGGGAUUCUGUUGGUGUAUAGUCCUUACCAUUGUUAAGCAGUCUCCUUAUUUAAGAUAGCCAGGGUGAUAUUGUUGGGAACUUUAACAUUCCCUGUUGGAAGUGGCUCAGUAUUUCAUUGCUUCAUGGCAAUCAUGGGUCCAUGCUAAAUGGAUUUGGGUCAUACUUACCUGUGUCUCUGAUGGGAUUGUGCUCACUUUGAAAAGAAAAUGAAAUGAGUGAAACUGAUAUAGAAGGAGCCAAAGUAAAAUUGGUAACCUUAGGACGGUACCAGUACAGAUGAAGAAAAAAUGCUUGUGGACUCUCACAUCUCCAGACCUGCCUCCCAAAUCAAGCUCACAUUUGAGCAAGUGAGUAGAAGAUGAGUGUGAGAAGAACAGAAUUCUAUGAUGAAUCAGGUAAAAUCUGAGGUUUAGUCACAGUUGUACCACAUAAUCGGUGUCCCACAUAAGACAUGUUGGGUCUGGAUUUGAUUUUAUUUAAACUCAAAUGAGAUUAUAUCUCCCCAAAGCAUAAUGAGGUACGGUAUUCUAUUUGAAGACCAAUAUAUGAGAGAGAAAGUGGCUUUAAGGCACUGUUGGCCUCAAGGCCAAGUUUUGAAACCAGGAGCGGAGUGUUUGCAGACUUUUCCAAUUACAUGUGAUUUCACAGAACGUGCGAUGACCUUGAAUGCAAUCCCCGUUCAAAGUGGGGGUUGCCUAUACUUAGACAUGUAUUUGACAUGUUCAGUUAUUUUAACUUUCUCUGUUGCAGUGACUUUUUUGAACGAACCAUUCUGUGUAAUAGCCUUGUGUGGAGUUGUGCUGUUACCGGUAAACCUGGACUCACCUAUCAAGAAGCACUAGAAUCAGAAAAGAAAGCCCUACAAAAUCUCCAGAACUUUCCAGAGCCACUUAUUGUUCCAGUUCUGUACUUAGUUACCCUCACUCAGCGCUCACGACUUCAUGAAGUUUGUGAUGACAUCUUUGCUUAUAUCAAGGACCGUUAUUUUGUUGGUGAAAUUGUUGCAGUACUUAGGAAUAAUGGUGAAAGGUAAGUAUUUCUUAUAUUUGCUAGUUUUGAGAUAUAUAUUUAUGGCUCUUGUAAAAAGAAAACAAAAUCUAGGUUUAUCUUGUGAACAGCUUAAUUUUAAGUAGCUUUGGCUGGUCACACGGCUAGAAUCUGUGGUUAAAUUUGUGGCUAGAUCAGAUUCUUCAACCCAGUUCCUUUUUUCCUUAUCUGGAAGAUUUUGACUGACAGAUUAAGGGUUUCUGAGAUACAAAGCAUUAUUCUGUAUGUAUAGAAUGGGUGGGAUAUAAAUCUAAAUAAAAAGCACACUGCCUGCAUGAUAAUGUUUUAUUUUGCUGUGUUUUCAAUCAUUUAAAAAACAAUGGCCUCAGUGCAGAUGCAUGAGGUGCUCACCAUGUUUAAAUAAUUUGGAAUAUGUAACAGAUUUGAACUCCCUCCUCUCCUCUCCUCUCCUCUCUGUCCCAAACAUUAUGUCUGCAUCAGCACUAACUUAAUUUCCUUUUAAAAAUAAUUUGGAAACCCACUUCAAAUAUUAAUUUCAAAAUAUAAUUAAGAAAGCAAGCAUGGUUUUAGUGAUAACGGGGGCUAUUCAGCUAUAAUGCUACCCUAUGGCUAAAUGAAACCAUAACUGGGAAGGAGAAAUUCACACAUGAGGAAAGGGAGAGUAGAAGGAGUCCAUACCUUGUCCCUGAUCUUCUAGCCAUUCUUAGGAUAUCAGGAACUUCAGGUAUACAACUGAUUAAUUUCAACCUGGAAUCAACUUGUGAAUUAUGCUAGAUGAAACCAAAAAUUAAUCCUCGAAACAUGGAAGUUCUGUCUUCAAGCUCUCACCAAGGUUUGUUCUUGGCUUAUGGCUCGUUAUAAUAUGGGUCGAAGCUAAGCCAUUACUGGCACAUUCUCCCCACUCCUCCUAAGCUAAUAGGUUGUCUUCUCUCAUCCCUUUCUGUCAUCUUACCUCCCACCCCCUAUGUUCUUGUGUUGGGUUAGUCUACACAGAAUGUAGCUGAACUGAAACAACUGCACUAACGAACACAGCUGUUUUAAUGCAGUGAGCCCUAAUAUGCUAAACGUAGUCUGGUCUAUUAUACAAUUGGCAAGGCAUGUCCUGUACUUUUCAGCAAUAGCAAUAUGUAUGUAAGUGUAACAUCUACGACAAGAGGUGUUAAUUACAUAUUUUCCUUUUGCAUUGAACAAUUUAAUGGUUGUCUUCAUUAGGUGACAUGCUUACCAAAAAUGGAGGCUUACAAUGUGUCAGGAAGCAAAUGGGCCAUUAUUAAGACGAGAUUAGACAACAAUCAUGUUAUCCUUGUUUAUUUGGGUCAUCAACUGUAAUAAAGGAUAAUCUUUUUUGCUAGUGUAGAUACACAGACAACAUAGAACCUUUUAUUUUCCCACUUUCUUGUGUUUAAUAUCUAGUUUCUCAGUAACAUAACAGGCAUUCGUUUUAAGAUGUUUUCUUAUCUGGAUAAAACAAGAGGCUUUGUGAUUAAUGCUGAAAACCAAAACAGAUAAUUUAAUAUGACUGCUGUAAUAGGACAUUGUCAAUAGAGUAAAUGUAUUACUGUACUGUGUAUAACAGAUGUACUCUCAUACUUGCAAUGUGCUGAAGACUCAUAUGUGGAAAUUCUCCCUACUCUUGCAUUGGUUUUCAUUUCGGAGUACUGUUCUUCAUGCAGAUAGUCUUGCUUCAUGCAAAUAGUCUUUGCAUAAGGAAAGUGAAAACAAAUUAAGAUUUUGCCUUUUCAGGGGCUUACAAAAGGCAUGAGAACGGCUGUAAUACCCACCUAUUAUAGCACCACACAUACUUACACUAGUGCUUAUGCAGUUGCAGAAUAGCACUAGUGACUGUUUUUCUUCCCAUGAAGACCUCUGUUUGCAUCCCAUAAUUAUGGAACUACAUGGAUAUGUGAUAAGAACAUAGAUAAAAUUAAGCUGAUUUUAAGUUCACAGACUAUCCAAGGGUUAGAAGAAAUGAGCACAUACUUUACAUUUGAUUCUGCUCUUGAAACAUUCUUCCCACUUUUUAUCUGUCUGUUAGUAUAAAAUGAUAUUGGAUUGCGAACUACUUUUAGGUAUAUAUUCCAGUAACUAAAUCUUUUUGCACUAAAAAAAUGCUAUGUUCUUAUGUUUGCUUUGUUUCAGACUGCAGUGUAAGAUUUUGGAAGUUAAAGCACCAGUGCAUCAAAAUGGAAUGGCUAAUGGCCAUGUUAACAGUUCCGAUGGAGUCACUAUCGUAAUUAGUGAUAGCGAUGAUUCAGACUUGGAUACCAGUUCUGCACAAAAUGGGUAAAAGAUUAGUUUUAUAUUUGGAAAAUAUGGAUAGUUUUAAAAGGUUACAAAAACUGGAUUAGAAUAGUUGCUUAAUGUAAAACCUCUAUGCAGCCAUUUUGCCUAUAGUGGAAUGGAAUUACACCAUUCCAGAAUCUGAGAGGUCACCAGAGUUAUGUGCAUUUGUUGGAGCAGGUCAGCCUAUAAGCCUGCAAUGCUGCGUCUCUGUGAAAAUUAAUACAAUUAAAUAUUUUUCCUGUUGUUUAGGGCAACCAUUUGGUUUUAAAAAUACUAAUUAUAUUCAAACUCUUUAUGUGGUAUUAUGUUUUGUACAUUUUAAUUACAUUUAACUACAUAAUUAAUUUCUUGUAAUUUGAAGGAGUUAACUCAUUGAAAUGUUGCACAGAAAUGUUUCUGUUCAGAGAGAGGAAAUUAAUUGAUAUUUGUUUUUAGGAAGGAAAAAGCCAUAACUGAACCCUCCUUGUUCAAGUACAAAGUGAAGCCUAUUAAGAAACAAUUGUAUGAAUCUGUUACAGUGAAAGCAUCUCAGAUAUGGUAAGCACUGAAGGCUAUGGUCCUACUGCCCUAUAUGCAUAUGAGGAGCAAUGUUGAGCGGAUAGCUCAAAAAUAAACCAGUAGCCACACACAUACUGAAAUGUCUGACAGGCAGACUAUGAAUGGGUGCGUACAUUCAUAGUGCGUAUUUCCAUAGUGGAAAAGGCUUAACCUAUUCAGUGUCUGCCAACUACAUAGCUGUUAAAGGCACAAAGUCCCAAAGCCAACCCUAAACCAAAGUCUAGGUUGUAAUCCUUGAACUUACUCUACCUGCAUGUGUACACACUCACUGUACGAAUAUAGACCACAGGCACACAUACAUCUCUUCCUCUCCCUUUGCCAAAGUGCACCUCUCAUAGGCCACACAUAUAAACACACACCUCUCUCUUACACACAGCACAUACAUCUCUCCUCUCAUAGACCAUCCAUCCAUCCAUCCAUCUCUCUCACACACACAUGCACACCUAUCUCCCACUCUUUCAGCCCAAGGUCUCGACCAUGUACAGGCAUCUCCCCAUCUGCUCAGUUCAGUUCACAUGUGACUGCAUGUAUGUGCAGCCCUGGAAACUCGGAAGUGGGGGGGAGAGAUCUGAAGAGCAUCAGCAAAGCCCUCCUGCUCCUCCAGCUUGCGAGGAGACCCUCCCUGGAGCCUGAAGGGGACAUCUUCUACGGGCUCCAGGGAGGGUCUCCUUGCGUGCCGGAGUUGCAGUGGGGUUUUGCUGAGUCUCUUCAGCCUCCUGGCUAACAUCUGACACGCAGGAAAGCGGCUGCUGUUGGGCUUUUCCGCUGGAGGCUAGUUGAGGCUGCUCAGCUGGUGUGGGGGGUCAGCUGAGCAGCCUCAAGCCUCUGACUCAAAAGGAGUUCUUCCCUAGAGCCUGAAGAGGACAUCCCCUUUGAACUCCAGAGAAGGUCUCCUCAAGAGCUGGAGGCGCAGCAGGGUGUCCCCCAUUUAUGCACAUUUCACUUAUGCUCGCAGGGGGCCAGAACGUAAUGUCUGCCAUUCAAAACAAAAGGAAAACCUCCCUCCAAAACAUUCCCAUUCGCCCCACCAAAAAUAAAAAAAAUACACAAGGACCACAAACCUGGCACCUGCAGAUGCUGGGUUGGCAAUCUCUGGAUUAUAGUACUGUAAGAGCUCUUGCUUAAUCUUGACUCUAUUUCAGGAAUGAUUUGGUAUUUAUAUUACUUAAUUAGAAUUGCCAGGAACAGUAGUUCCUGAAAAAAAUACUUGAUAGGAUAGUUUUCUCUUGAAAACUAAAUUUAGGAACUAUUUUAGUGUGCCAGUUCAGCUGGGAAUCAUCUUUGAUAUUGAUGCAUGUUCCUUUUCUUUUUGUCCUGUACCAUAGCCGGAGGAAACAUCUAUUUUCUCGUGACAGACUAAAGCUCUUUUUGAAGCAACACUGUGAAUCGUAUGAUGGCAUUGUUAAAAUUAAGGUAAUUAAACAAGUUGAAGCAAGACUGUACUUUGAUCACAUUAUAGGCAGUGAAAUUAGUUUGAUACCCAGUUUAGUUGUUGUGUUAUGAUGUGUGUGUGUGUGUGUGUGUGUGUAGUUUGAUGCUACCAUUAAUUAUUGCUUUAUUGUUUGUUUUUAGCUGUUCUUUAAUAUUGUGAACCACCUUGAAUUUUUUUAAAUCAAAUAAGUAUAUAAUUACAGUUUUCAUGAAGUGGUAAACUAUGGUUUGACUGUCGUCAGACCUACACAUACUGUACUAUACUGUCCUUGUCUGGCCCAGGUUUUAGGUAAACGAUAGCUUGCUGUCAGUAGAGCAUGAGAGCACACUAGGAGUGCAUGAGCCCAAGCUGUUUUUAUAUGAAUCAGCCUCAAGGUGUUCAGGCACUACACUUCAGAGAUGAGAAAAACUCAUUUUAAAAAAGUCUCUAGCGGUGGUAGCAAGUACUUCUUUUAUUUAUUAGCCCAAACUUGUUUUCCAACUAUUGUGCAAUGCUACUAUGGUUUCGUAUAAAUUGGAAUCUGAUUUGAAACAAUGGUGGUGUAUUUUUCAUUGCAAUGUUGCAUUUGUGUUAAAAGGACACAGAAAAAGAAAAUUCUCCACCCCAAAUUUACUCAUGAUUAAUUUAUUUCAGUGAUGCUUACUAAAGAGUGUUCCGUUUACUACAGAUAACUCAUUCCUGUGGUGUUGAUUAGGAAAUAAUGGCUAAUGGUGUCUCUUUCUAAAACCGUAGCUUAUUAGCCAGUGUGUACAUGCAAGAGCAGGCAGCCUUCUCAACAAUCUUUCCCCAUCUUUCUCUACAAGGCAAUAUCAUUUGCAAAAUACAAGAUAGCAGAACAGAAUUUUUCCUACCUCUUUCCUGAUGAUCCACCCACUUUUGUCUUCAGUCCUUCAAACAGACGGCGAAGGAGACCUCCAAAGAUGGCAUCUGAUGAUCAUGUAAGUAAUGCAGUACUUGUUAAUGUGCUUUUCAACAAGAAACAGCAGUGGAUUGCAUCCUACAGCAAUUCAAAACGGCAAAGUACUUUGCUAUCUGUGUUUUUCAUAUUUGCCAUUAGUUGUCUUAGGUAAGUCAAAAUUGUUCCACAGUUGGCCAUAUAAUACUCUGAGAGAUAAUAAUUUAUAUACCAAGGCCCUGAAAGUCCAUGGGCACAGGUGGGACUUAAAAACCUGGCCACUCAUAUGCAAUGAGGCUGGAUUAAACUGGUGUUUACAUUUGGAAUGACAGUAGUCAAAACUUGCUAUUGCCACAAAAUAAAACACAUUUCUAGUUUUAUUCAUUCAUCAUAUACAUUUUAACUUGGCGAUAUGUUCCACCAAGCUGUUAAAAGAUUUCAGUUUUUCAGUUAUUGCCCUUUCAUGAGUUUCCCCUUUUGUCUUCAGGAGGAUUUCGUUGCAAAAGAGCAGCUUAGUCCUAGAAAUGCAAGCAGUGCAGCAAAAGAAAGGGCACGACUCCAAAAAGAAAAAGACGAAAUGAGGGCCAUGGGUAAGUACAAGCUCAUGCGAUGAAUAAGCUUUUUUUUAGAUGAAAAACAUGCAUAAUGGGCUGGCUUUUGUUGAUUCUGUAGAACUAGUGCUGUAGUUUUUAGUGUAUUCUUCUUCAAAGAAAGAAGCUGUUGCAGUCCUGUCUCAAAAGAGGGCCUUUUCUGAAGCUGUGACUCAGUUGUGGAACUCUUUUUGCCACAAGUUCAUUUAGCCCCUUCACUCUUACGACUGCUUUGUUUAGCCGGGCUUUUUUUUUCUUUUUAGUCUAUAUAAUUUUAUGCCAUGAUACAUGUUUUAACUAGUUGCUGAUUUUCCUCUUUACUAUUUUUUCCCCAUUAUUGUAUUACUAUUGUCUUUUAUUUAUGUGCUAGCUGAAUUGAGCACUAUGUUUUUACCUGAAAGGUGGGAUAGAAUCAUAAUACAUCAUAUUAGCUUGGACAUAAAUCCCUCUGACAUACGCUUACAGCCAGAACUAUAAUUACUUCCCAGUAAUUGUGAUUGGGAUUGUAGUCAUAGCAUGUCUGUUUGGGGCUGUUUCCUUAAACGUAACGGCAUCACCCACAGGUGGCCAGAUUUGAUUAACUUGAUCUUGAAGUGUGGUUUAUAUAAUUUCUUUAAAAAGAAUAAUACAACUCUAGUUCUCCUGUCCACUUUUUGAAAAAGAAAAAUUGAAAAGAGAAAAGACAACUGCUAUAGAAUCCAAGAAGAAAGAAAGAGAAGAUAAGGAAAAAAGGAAGGAAGAACUUAAGAAGAUUGUGGAAGGAGAAAGGCUGAAGAAGAAAGAAGAGAGAGAGCGACUCAAAAUAGAAAAAGAAAAGGUCAGGUACCCCCCACCUGGGUUUCUAAUAGUUUGAAAUGGCAGUAUUAGUUUAAAAUAUAUAGCUACAUUUAGAGGUUCCCAGUACAGUCGUACCUUGGUUUUCAAACAGCUUAGUUCUCAAAUGUUUUGUCUCCCGAAUGCUGCAAACCCGGAAAUGGCUGUUCCGGUUUGCGAACUAUUUUUGGAAGCCGAACUUCCAACGGAGCUUCCGAUUGGCUGCAGGGCCUUCCUGCAGCCAAUCAGAAGCUGCAUUUUGGUUUCCAAACAUUUUAGAAGUUGAACGGACGCGGUUCAACUUCCAAGAAACAACUGUAUUUAGGAAUAUGAAUCACAGUACAAAGAAGAGUAGGACACACUGCUGUUUCUUCACCUGCGUGGUGAAGGAGAAUGCAUCUGCAAAAUUGUAAAUAGUUUCCUACAUGGAGCUUUUCAUCACUAUCCAAAGCCCCCUGGAUAGUGUGAGUUAAAAUUCUAAAUUGCAGUCUCAGUUACAAGCUUUAAUUUUCAGGACAUUGUUGCAAUCUGUAAUGGUUCUAGGGGUUGCUCGUGCGUAAGCCGGUGCUUAUCUCCCCGGCUGGGUGCAAACACAUGGCUGGGUUGCCUAAGUGAACCUUUUCUGUCCGGACAGCCACUCACCCGUGGCUGACUCAAUCGCUGGCAGAAUCCGUUAGUGGGCGUUUCUAAAACUUCUUCCAGCAAAGAAGCUCUUUGACGCCUAGUCUCCUCCUACUCUCUCUGCGCGAAAGCCUUCUGCGCAAGGAGGGCGUGGGCAACGGAGGACCUCUACUCUCCCCGCUGGUCCCACGCAAGGAGUCAUGGGACCGCCUCGCCGCUUCCCCCAUCUGCCCCCCUUCUCCACUGGUGCUACGCUGAUUCUCUUCCCCAGAAGAUGGGCUGCUUCUCCCGAUCUCUGGACGCUCUCUGGAAUCCCUCUGGCUUUUGCUCUCUCCCUCCGGCACUGAUGGCAGUUCCCUGACACAAUCCUUUCUUAAUGUGUGUAGUGUUCUGUUGAGGCAUUACCAAAAUUAGGUUACCUAUGUCUAAUCAAAUACAAGCUAUUUUCAUACUGUUUGAAAUAGGACUUUUAUUCAUAAUAUUUGAUGGUUUUUUCUAAAGUAAUAAAGGAAACUUAGGAGACAAGGGUUCAAAUCAUCCAUCAGCCAUGAAAUUCAGUGGGUGACUUGGGGCCAGUCACUUUCUCUUAACUACCUACAACAGGUUUGUUGAGGGGGCUGCAGAAUGGGAGGAAAAAUCUUAUGUAUACCACCUUGAGCUCUUUGAAGGAAAGGUGGGAAAUAAAUGUAAUAACAUAAAUGAUACAUUUCUUUUGAAAAAAAAAUUCCUUUAUUGUCAUUACCAAGAUAUGUAAAUAAAUAGAAUCAUGUAUACAUAUGUGAAACAGUCAAUAUCCUAAUUAUGUUAUCUAUUCUCUUAAUUAAAGUAAAUUCCAUAAGCAUCAAGAGCAACAGUUAAAGAAAAUUAUGCAAUACCAAUAAUCAGUAAAUUAAACUGUUGCUUAGAUUAAAUUAUAAACCUAACUUCUUACAAGAUUUCCACUAAAAGUACAUGGAUUGACAUUAUCUUGAAUUUUAUUACUCCAAUGCAUAAUCUAAAUACAGCUGUUUUUAACUAUUUUGGUAGUCAUUUUCUGUGUAAUUGCAGGAAAGAGAAAAGCUUCGCGAAGAGAAAAGGAAAUACCUGGAACAUCUAAAACAAUGGAGUAAGCGUAGAGAAGACAUGGAAUGUGAUGAUCUUAAGGUAAUGGAACCUCAGAGAGAGAGAGAGUCCACAAUCCAGAAAUAUUUGUGUAUUUAUGCAUUGUUUUUCAGACCUUUUCUGUGGCUAGAAAAGUUGCCCGAUGGAUCUGCUGAAAUUGUAAAUCCACUAUAUGAUUAUCACAUACAUUCUCCCCUUGUGGGGAAAAAGGACUUAAAACGAUGGUUGUGCAGUUUCAGAACUUUUUAUAUUUAAUAGAUAGUAAUUUAAGUCAUAAGUUUUGUAACUUGCAAAGCAAUCCUCUACUUGCAUUGAGUGUGCCAUUGUGAGCGAGUCCUGCAGUCAUAGCUGUAAACAUGCUACCAUCUCAUCCCUGGGAAAUAGCAAGAACAGGAGGCCGUUGCCCACUAUGGGGCACAGAGGGCAUAUGAGCUUUAAUCAGGGCAGCAGAACACAGCCCACAUCUGCCAGCCCUCAUGUGGAGCACCAAAGCAGAGGCCACAGAGCGAUGGAGGCACUUGGGACAUGCAAUGUCUGCCUGUUUUCUAUUUAUUAAUAUUUAUACAUCACUUGAUUGUUUUAAAAAACAAAACCCGGCAACCUCAAAGCAGUUUACGAAAAGAUAAGAAAAUCAAGAAAAUUUACAAUACUUUAAAACAUACAAAAAGUAAAAAUACUAUGAGCUAUUGCUUCAGAUGUGGGGAGACCAUCACAGCAGUUAAUUUUGCAGUGCGUGAUCCCAUCAUUCCUUGCAUAAUUGUGUGGGAUGUUUUCUGGCACCCACAGUUGCCUUUCCCACCCUGCUGUUUCCCUUCUGUAGGGUUUAUAUGCUGGUGAUGGUGUGCUGUAGAUGGUAUUGAGUUGCACCAUAUCCUGCGUUGAGGCUGAAAUGGACCGAGUGGCAGCUAUUAUUUCUCCCUUCCAUUGAGAUUAAUGGGAGGAGAAUUACUUUUUCUCAGUUUGGCAAGACCAGCACAAGACAUUGCACUACAUGUGGUCACCGCUUUUCUUCUUCCACUGCCACCUUCUUUCUGCUCUAUUUUUCUGCCUGUAUUCUAACACCAACACUCACGCUGGGUAGUCAUUGUAAUCUUUUUGGCUAUCAAAUCUGUUGUGAUGUAUGUUGUUGAUUAUUCACCGCAUAUGUAUAACUGAAACAUACAAUAAAUAUUUACUUUGCAUCACAGGAACUUCCAGUUCCAACUCCAGUGAAAACCAGACUACCUCCUGAGAUCUUUGGUGAUGCUGUCAUGGUCUUGGAGUUUCUCCAUGCUUUUGGUGAACUCUUUGAUCUUCAAGAUGAGUUUCCUGAUGGAGUGACUUUAGGCAAGUGAAUCUUUAGCAAACUGAAUCUAAAGGAAACAUGAGUAGCAGAUUUUGCAAACAUCCUGUCUACAGAUUUUGUUUUGCAGGGGAAGAAAGAAACAGGUUCUCUUCCUUCCCAGAAUGCAUUAAUGAUGCAAUAUUGGGAGUACAGCUGUGGAUCUAGGUUGGCUUAGGUGCCUCCAGCUGACAUUAGUUUUAAUGUAUUUUAUUCACUCUGCUCUUUAUUUCUUAUGUACUGCUUGUCAGCAAUCAUCCUGAUCUGGGCAACUAUAUGUGCUCAGAUACAUGCAUGUGACCAAAUAUCCCCAUUCAUUUCAAGUGUACAUGCUGCCCUGUGGGAUUCUGCAAAAUGAACUUUGCCCUUUCUUUGAAACAAAUGAAGAGAUGAUCCACCUGCCUUUCUAUGCAAUUGAGCCUGGAAUAAAUUGCUGGAUCACAGCAAUUGUUUCUCUAGUUGACCUAUUUGGAAAAUAUCCUGUGUAUUGAUUUGAUUAAUAUUUUGACAAUCACAUAACAUAGGAACAGCUUUCAGUUUUUUCACUGUGUAUUUGUAGCAGUUUGAACAAAUCCACUUUUUCUUAUUUACAGAGGUUUUAGAGGAAGCUCUUGUUGGAAAUGACAGUGAAGGUCCACUAUGUGAAUUGCUCUUUUUCUUCUUGACGGCCAUUUUUCAAGCCAUGGCUGAAGAAGAAGAAGAAGUGGCCAAAGACCAAAUAGCUGAUGCUGAGACCAAAGGUCAGACUUCAACUGUGCUUCUUAAUGCAAAGCUUGCAUACUAAUAGGCACGCAUACUAAUUUGCAUGCAUGGGAAUAUUUCAGUUAACAUUGCUCCACUUCAGUGCACAUGAUUGCUAUAGAAAAACAAAAGUUUGUCAGGUGCUAGCUGCAGCGUUGAUUCUGGUGUGUACUGCAGGUGCUCUUUUAAUUUUUUUUAAAAGGCAAGCUUUCCCAUUAUUAGACAUAGCAAGAAUUUCACAUUGGCGGGUUUUCAAGAAGUCUCAAAACUUAACACAUCCCUUUCAUUAAAAAAAAUUCUUCAGAAUUCAGUAACUUUGCUGAAGAUUCAGAAGAUACAUCUUUCUCACCAGCAGUGUAAGCUACAUAACUUUCAGAGGGGUAGCUGUGUUGGUAGCUGGUAGCUCUUGUGCAAAAACUAAAAAAUUAAAAAAAAUUGUUGUAAGGCUUUUAUGGACUAUUAUAGUCUACUCAUUGGAUGAAAGUUUGCCAUGAUAAAUUUGUUGCUUUUUUUAAAGUGCUGUAAGACUUCUUCUUGUGUCAGCUAAAUAAUAAUCUGGCAUCAUAACAGUGCAUAGCUUUACUAUUCAUUUCUUCGGUGACAGUAGUAUUGUCAUCCACACACUGGAACACCUGGUCCAGAUUUGUAAUAGCACACUUCUUAGCUAAUGUAAUUAUUUUCCAAAGGGCACACUUUUAAAUCUAUUGCAGCAUUUGCAGACUUUGAAUACUCUUUCCAAAGUGUGCUGUAGCUCAGGUGGUGGUUUAUUUUUAUUUCCUUUGUUGCAUACUUGAAGAAAAGAGAAACCACAUAACAAAUAGCUUGUUUGUUGAUUUAUAGUGAUAUUUUUACCACACACAGCAGUCACAUCUGAAUAAAGUAGUAAAAGAGCAAACAGAAAAGGGGCAUAGCUCAGUUGCAGAAAAUCCACUUUGCUCGUGGAAGGCUCCAGAUUCAAUCCCUGGCAUCUUCAGGAAGGGCUGGGAAAAACUUCUCCUUGAAACUUGGAGAGUUUAUGCAAAUCAGUGGAGACAAGACUUGAGCUAGAUGAGCUACUGGUCUGACUCUGAAACCUUUGCUCCAACAUUCAUGUUUUGUUUUGUUUCCCUGAGGACUAGAAUAUUGACGGGAUCCCCCACCGCUCUUCCAUUUUUUUAUCAGAAUUUGUCUGGUAAAGGCAUUUUCUCUAGAUUAAGUGUUUGCAUUCCCUUAACAUGGGUGUGGGGAACCUUCUGCCCUCCAGAUGUUCCUGAACUAUAUAACACCCAUCAUCACUGGUCAUUGGCUAUGCAGGCUUGGGUUGAUGGAAAUUGUAGUUCAGCAACAUCUGAAGGACCAAAAUUUCCCUACACCUGCCCCAAAUUGAGUGCUUUUACACCUCUUCUCUGGAACCAGUACAAUAACAGUUGUGGUAUACUGCAUAAAAGAAAUAUAUAUAGAAAAGAAAUAUAUACAGUUGACGUGUGCUUUGUAGAGUCAAGUGCAUCAAUCUGAAAAUUCUGUUUGAUCUCACACACCAUUCAGAGAAAUAGGGUUUUUUGGAAGAAAGCAAAGCUGCAUGUGAUUCUUCCUUUGUGCAAGGAAGAUUUAGUCAUUAUUCUGUUGAGAGGAAAUCCAAAUGACUUCUUUCUGGCAAAUCAGUUGCAGGGGGGAAUUGUGUUUUUCCACACUCAAUCAGUAGUCAUUGUUGAACAUGAGAUUCCUUGGACCCAAAAGUGAAACUUUUAUUGCCAUUUGGAGUAAUUUAGUCUUAUGUAGACUGUACUGCACCUAUUGGUACUGCUAGUGUGUAUCUGAUUGCCUUUCUCUCAUGCAUAUAUUAUGUUAAACUUUGCUCACUUAAAUUGAAAACUUCCCACUGCAAGAUUCUAGAUGCGAUACUCCUUUGCUUAAUUGUAAAGUCAAGUUUUUGUUUUGAAUCAUUCAUAGCUUUGACUGAGGCAUUCUAAACAAACUCACAAUUGUAGGGUAGGCAUGCCCAUAGUUCUGUGUUAUGGCUCUCCAUAUUUUGGUUGGGCUGCAUUCACACGUAUAACUUGGCAGAAGCUGUUAAAGAGAAAAUAUAUUAACUUUUGUGAAUGGAGGCUUACCGUAUGUCCAGUAUAGGAUAGCGCAGUUCUGCUUUGUGGAGGUUGGAUGUGAGAGGACCUCAGUCUGUAAAAAAAAAAGGAAAAAGAAAUAACUUCAGGAAUAAGGAAUUUGCUUUCUAAAGAAGGGUAUUUCGUCUUGCUGUUUCCUACCCUUAAAGAAUAAUACUUAUAAGCCUAUCUUUGGUGAUAUGUAGAAACUUCUGUCUUGGAUAACCUUGAUACUGCUGUAAAUAAACUUCUGAACCUGGCUUAUUGAUGUGCUUCACUGAUCAACUGUGUAGGAUAUGGAAUCUCAUGUGUAAUGUGGUAAAUCAGCACUGACUGGCUGCACAGACAGGCUGCUGGCACCCAUAAUUCAUUUCUGCAGGCAUAAUCAUAAUGAAGUAAUUAUAAGAAUGUAGUAAUAAGAUGCUAUUUGAUUUCUCGCAGUAAACCUUUUUUACAAGAGCAUUUCAUGGGUUUAUCUUUCUUUGCAUGUGUGUGCUUGUGCUCUUGCGGUCAAGUUGUGUGCAAUGCAAGAAGCUUUUAGGGAGUGCUGCAUGCUUACUCUGCUUUUAGGUAGUAUGCAUAUGUUUGUUGCACGGCAACUUACAAAAAUAUCGAGUUUAUAUGCUGUCUCCGCAUUGCUUAGAAAAGACUUGCUUGCUUCGCCUCCGAAAUGCAAGUGUUAAUUUUCACUAGAAUAAAGUCUUUAUUUCCUUAAAGAUUUAACAGAGGCUUUGGAUGAAGAUGCAGACCCCACAAAAUCUGCACUAUCUGCAGUUGCAACUUUGGCAGCUGCAUGGCCCCAGUUACAUCAGGGUAUGUGUGGGUUUCACUUUUUGUUACGUUUUGCACUAUUUUACAAAAAAAAGUAUAAUUCACAUUGUUUGCUAAAUACUCUUAGUAGCCAAAUAGUCUAACACUCAUUCCGUUGUUAACUGUAGGUUGCAAUUUGAAAAACUUGGAUCUUGAUAGCUGCACUCUUUCUGAGAUUCUCAGACUUCAUAUCCUAGCAUCAGGUGCAGAUGUAACAUCAGCCAAUGCUAAAUAUCGUUACCAGAAGCGAGGAGGAUUUGAUGCCACAGAUGAUGCUUGCAUGGAGCUAAGAUUGAGUAAUCCUGGGUUGUUGAAGAAACUCUCGUGUACUUCCGUGUAUGAUCUAUCAUCGGGUAAUAGAGCCAAAUUAAUAUGUCAAUAUGUCAAGUUACAUGACAGAAGUUUUCAAGAAUUGUUUACUAGGACAAUGUCAAGAAAAAUCCUAUUUUGUCUCUUGAAGCAUAACCACUAAUACCUUUUAGCCCUAGAAGUUAUACAAAUUUAAUUAAAUAAUGAUGAUAAUAAAGAUUGGGGCUAGGUAGGUGAUUUAGGCUGCAAUCCUAUAUAGGUUUACCUGAGAGUAAGUUCCAUUGAAGGCAGCGGGCUUACUUUUGCAUUGGAUUGCACUACGUAUCUUGUGGAAGUCUGUUUAAUUUUCUACAUGAGCUUAUGUCUGUUUUUCUAAGAAUCAUUAGCCAUUAUCAAUUGAGCUACUGAUAGUAUAUGAACGUUGGGUAUUUUUACUUGCUCUUUUGUGUUUGAACAGCAGGUCCUCCAUUAUAUAGAACAAACUGCUUUGUUUCAAAAGUGUUUUGCUGUAUGGCACAAGCUGGGUGGGUUCAUACUCAAAAAAACACAAGUCCAGAAGUUCCUUGGUGCAUGGAACAGUUGAUUGCUUCUUUGGAUCACGUUUAUAUUAGACUGGAAAAUAGCUUGCAAGAAGUUCAUGUACUGUACACACAGUUAAACAUGUUGAAGAUUCUAUUGGUAAACUAUGCCAUAAAACAAGAUGGCUAAACUCUGAAAUGGCACAACCCUCCUUGUACUAGGUUUACAUCUUGUCAAUCUCUAUGGAUUAAUGAGCCCAAAGGUCACUGACAGAUUAAAAAUAGAUACCUUACUUUAUUGAUGAAGCUUUACUGACCAGUUCACGGGAUUAUUCUGUGACUUCUGUAAUGAAGCAUCAAUCUAUAUUCAUUUUAUUAGGGGAGAAGAUGAAGAUUCUUCAUGCCCUCUGCGGGAAGCUUUUGACUCUUGUUUCUACUCGAGACUUCAUUGAGGACUCUGUUGAUGUAUUACGACAGGCAAAACAAGAAUUCAGAGAGUUAAAAGCAGAACAGCACCGGAAAGAAAGAGAAGCUGCAGCAGAAAGGUGACAAGAACACAGAUGCCCAAAUAUCAGCACAAUAAAGCUAAACGGGGGCUUUUCCAGAAGCGUGGCUUCUAAAAUUGAAAGAGCCUACUAGAAAUAUGGGGCGCGGGUGGCGCUGUGGGUUAAACCACAGAGCCUAGGGCUUGCCAGUCAGAAGGUCAGCGGUUCAAAUCCCCACGACGGGGUGAGCUCCCGUUGUUUGGUCACUGCUCCGGCCAAUCUAGCAGUUCGAAAGCAUGAAGUGCAAGUAGAUAAAUAGGUACCGCUCUGGCGGGAAGGUAAACGGUGUUUCCGUGCGCUGCUCUGAUUCACCAGAAGCGGCUUAGUCAUGCUGGCCACAUGACCCGGAAGCUGUACGCCGGCUCCCUCGGCCAAUAAAGCGAGAUGAGCACCACAACCCCAGAGUCGGCCACAACUAGACCUAAUGGUCAGGGGUCCCUUUACCUUUACUAGAAAUACGGUAGUAAAACCUGUUUGUCUGUCAUAAUCCAAUUUAGAAAAGUAAACACAUUUCUGGUGUAUUUGAUUAAUCUUAUUUCAAACCUUUUUUUUACAAGGUAUCUUACAUAUUUUCAAUAUAAAAAUUUAGUUCUAAAUUAGGAAGUUGCUCUUUGGAACUGAAAACUGCCUUUAUACCAAGCCAGACCAGCUGGCUCAAUAUAGCCUCCACUGGGUGGAGAACCUAUAGCCCUCCAGAUGUUGCUGAAGUAAAACUCCCAGCAUCCCUGACCAUUAGUUGUGUUGGCUGAGGCUCAUGGGAGCUGCAUUCAAGCAAUAUCUGGAGGGCCACAGAUUGCUAGAGGGGAUGAAUCACCAGCUUGGGGAAUAAAAAAAGGCAACUCCAACCCUUAACUGGCCCCUUUUUGCAAACUCUUUAAGUGUUUUUGCCUGGCUGGGAUGACUGCUUGAACUCUGAUAAUACAUUUUGCUUUACUGGAAGGAGGGUAGAAAAGGGUGUUUGUAACAACUAGACUACUUGCACAAAUAUAACAUUUACAUUAAUUGCUGUGCCCACUUGUGGCUCUGGCCCUGUCAAUCAGUGGCCCUUGGGAAUUUGUCCCCAUGUCUGAAAAAAACUUCCCACCUCUGGUCUUACAUCAUCAUGACUUCCCAACUGUUUUGAGCCCAUGAGCACAUUUGGAAUUGUAUUAAGAGUAUUGUGAAAAUGACCACUGCUGUAGGAAACAUGAGCAGUUACAAAACAUUGGGAGUAUCAGUAUGCUCUUCUCAUUUUAUUUCCAUGUGUGUGUGUACUGCACACUCUGAUCACACACACAUGCAGUGGAGUGGGAGAGAGAGAAACCCCCAAAUAAAGAGGGGCAGGGCGGGGCAGGGGAAAAAACAUUCAAAGCGGGAAGGAAGAGAACCUACAGAGAAAGAGAAUGCAUAAAAUGGUGAAAGGUGGGGGAAGCUCAGCCAUGGAUGGAAGAGAACGAAAAGGGCCAGUCUAAGUCUAGCAUUGGUGUAGGACAGGAAUCAGCAGCCUUUUACAGCCGUAGGCCAGUCCACUGUCCCUCAGACCAUGUGGGGGGCCGGACUAUAUUUUGAAGAAAAAAAAGAAUGAAUUCCUAUGCCCCAGAAAUAACCCACAGAUGCAUUUUAAAUAAAAGCACACAUUCUACUCAUGUAAAAACACACUGAUUCCCAGACCAUCCGCAGGCCGGAUUGAGAAGGUGAUUGGGUCGCAUCCGGCCCCUGGGCCUUAGGUUGCCUACCCCUGGGGUAGGAGAAGCCCCCACUCGUCAUAGCUUUACUGGUAGCUGCAGUAAUUACUUCCUGCUUCUCUGCUCAGCAAAAAAGUAGUGAAAUAAUUGUCCUGUGUGCUCUCUUCUCCCCUUGGGCUUCCUGAUUUCCCCAUGAUCCUGAUAGUGUGCUGUAAAAAAGAGGACAGUCUUGUGCGGACACAAUGAAAGAUAUCUGAGCAUGCCAUGGCAUCCACAGGUGUUUCUUUGGGGAAAGGUGCCUUAUACUGACCGGCAGCAGCUCUUCAAUGUUUCAGAUGGAGUUCUUUCCCAUCCAGGCUUGUAAAUGCCAGGGAAGGAACCUCAGACCUUUCAAGUGCAAAACAUGCUCAUCUGUUGAACAACAAGCUUUUAGUACUAUUUAUUUUAGUGAUAUUUAUUAUGUACCAUGGCCUUCAUCCAGAGAUUUCUGUGCAUCAAGAUGCACAUAAGGAUCUCCUGUAUGUUGGGUCUCUGUUCUUUUCAGUAGAGCGAUGUAAUUAGAGGAAAUGGUUGAUUACCCUAUAUGCUCCAACUAACCAUCUUUGUGUAUUGUAUAACAUCAGAAUCCGCAAGAAAAAAGAAGAAAGACUAAAAGGACAAGAACUAAAGAUGAAAGAGAAGCAGGAGAAACUGAAAGAAGAGCAGAAAAAUCCUGCAAUUGACGUAUCAAUUGGGUAUGAUCAGUUGUUAAUAUUUACAUAUAUAAUUAGGAUAGUGCUUAAUUUCACAUGCUGGGGUUAGUGUACACAGUUUCAAUUUAAAUAUUUCCAUCAACAAUAAAAACUUCUUAGAUUAUCUUGCUUUCUGGUUAUGAUAUUUACGUAAUAUGAUCACAAAUUUUAUACUAUAGGGGGGAUAACAUAGUAAAAGAGUUCAAUACACACGCAUGCACAUUGAUCUUUAUUAUAAAACACUUUGGAAAAUCAAAUGUGACCUAUCAAAAGCCAGCCCAGCCAGAUCCGUUUUCAUCUCCAGUAAAUGUGGACAGUGUGGAGUUCUCUGCUUGUGGGCGUAACUUUAUUCUGUGUGUCUUUUUUUUAAUGUGGCGCACAGUGCAAUUUUUCAGACUGCGCUCUAUGGUGUGUUACAAUAUGCUAUGCAUGUGCAAUUCCCUAUAACUCUUUGAACUUGGAGGACUUUAUAUUUUUUGGUAUGUCUAUUGCAUUAGUGAGGAGGAGCGGGAAGAGCUUGAUACAAGCACAGAGAGCAAAGAAACUGAAUCAAAGGAGCAAGACUUAGAUGCUAUGACAGAUGAGGAAGAUGACAUUGUGCCAAACAAAAAGAGAAGAGGAGGUAAGUUCAUUUCUAGUGCAUUUUCAUUGCUAUGUAUUGAUUUUCUAUUGCUGUACGUUCUUGCUUCUAGGGUUUUUAAUGGAAGGCAAGCGUAGAGUUAACUUCACUACCUGCAUCAUUCUGUUAGAUUGUCAUUAUUAUUUUUUAUGUCAUUAUUAUUUUUUAUGGAUUUAUAAUUCCAUUGAUCUAGUUUGAUACUUAAGGCUGCCUCAUUCAUUACUCCUUUCCAUCAUGGGUUUCUAAUGCUUGUAUCUAAGGUACAAAACCUUUCCCCUCGUUUUAUGAGCCAGCACAGUAGAGUAGUGGUUAGAGUGAUGGACUAGAAUUGAGGAGACCCGCUUAACCAUGAUGUUCACUAGGUGCUCUUGGGUGUAACUUAUCUCCCAGGGUUGCUGUGAAAAUAAAAGAGGAAGGAAGAAGAGCCAUGUACAUUGCCUUGAGCUCCUUGAAGGCGAGGUGGAAUGCAAAUGUAAGAAAUUAGUUCAGAAACUUGCAGAAGACAGAAUUUCCAUAUAAAAAUUGUGAAUGCAGCCACACAUUGGGCCUAUAAAGACAUUAGUUGAUUGAUGGUACAAAACGAGCAGAAGAAAAAUUUAGAAGUUACGAUAUCUUGCUACCUGCUUGAAAUUUUCUUGUGUUAUUUGUUUGGGCAAACGCCCGCUUGUGCUACUCUAAGCUACCUGUGCUAUGUAUAGUUGUGUCACUUUGGUCAGUGAGUGGCCAGGUAAUGUAUUAAAUAAAGAAAUAAAACAUUUUUGCUUGCUCUUUCAGGAAGAAGACAGAAUGGCUUUAAAGAUCUGGCAAGGCAAAUAGAGACAACUGGUGAAAAACGUGAGCCACCCACUCCAGAGGAGGAAGAAGCUUUAAAACAGGAACAGCAAGCAAAAGAAAGGGAACUUACAGAAAAGAUUCAGAAAGCCACAGCCUGUACAAAUAUCUCUCCUUUGGGCCGGGACCGCCUAUACCGACGCUACUGGGUUUUCCCAUCUGUUCCAGGAUUAUUUGUGGAAGAAGACUAUUCUGGUCUUACAGAAGAUAUGUUGUUGCCUCGGCCAUCUUCAUUUCAAAAUAAUGUACAGAGUCACAUUGCAGAUAAAUCUCAGACUGCUACUAAAACUUCAGAGUCUUUGAAGACAGAAUCUACCUCUAACAGUCACCAAGAUUUCCAUACUGGUGCUACUGUACAGGUGUCGUUGCCAAUACAUAAGCCAAACCGGUGGUGCUUUUACAGUUCUCAGGAACAACUGAACCAACUUCUAGCAGCUCUCAAUUCCAGAGGAUACAGGGAAAGUGCCUUAAAGGAAAUUCUUUUGCAGGAAAAAAACAGAAUAUCUAAACAACUGGACAGUUUUGCUGUAGAAAAAUUCCAUAUUUCAGGUAAAUAUUCUGGAUUUUCUUGAGUAUAUAGGGGGUGGCGCUUGCCUGCGCCUUACCUUCUCCACUCCUUCCUUCCUUCCUUCCUGUGCUGGGUACUGGUUUUACCCCAGUGCCUUGCACGGCCAAUGCAGCUUGCUCCUCCCUCAACUAUUCAACAUCGCAUUGUGUCACUAUAUCACGAUGUUUGGCUGGUUAUAGCAAUGUUGAAAAGCUGAUAUCACCCAGUCCUUUUCACAGUACAAAAUGUGAACACAAAAUACAUAAUUAAAAACAAGAACGAGAAUGAAAACAAACCAAUAACCCCUGCUCCCACAAACACAUUUGAAUGUUAAGCAGCCAGAACCAGAGGCCUGAUUAAAGAGAAACAUUUUUGCCUGAUGCCUAAAGAUAUGCAAUGAAGGUGCCAGGUGAGCCUUUCUGGGGAGAACAUUCCACAAACGGGGAGCCACCACAGAAAAAGCAGUGUGCACCUGCUCAUUCACAUUAAAACCAAGUAGUGUAAACUAUGGCUUAGUGUAAUAUUCAAAGCCGUAGCCUAGCUUGCCAUUUUCUGCUGGAAAACAAAGUGUUGUCUUACACAAAACAAACCAGAAAAAAUAUAGUUUAUGGAUGCUGUUUGAUACAAAAGCACAGAAGUGAUGUCCCAGAUCCUUAGAAGAAUUGGCCUUGCUGGCCAAAUGAGGCAGGUGGCUUCUUUCAUCAACCCGUGGGUGCCUGUUUUCUGCUAGGAACGUGUGCCCUCAGUGCAGGAUUGAAUUCCACCCUCUCACCCUUUAACUGGCAUCACAAGUGCAGUCAGCUGAUUGACAGGUAGGUGUGGUUUGAGGGAAAUGGGAUUCAUGGGACAUAUUGGACCACCCUGCAGGCCAUAGGUUCCCCGCCCCUCUGCAAUAGCAAUUUACCACUGCAUUCCAAAUAAUAGACUUCUAAUUUGAAGCUGUCUUGGGUUUUACACUUUCCUUAUUUGUGGUCAUUUGAGCUGAUGUGAAUUUUUUGUUUUGGGAGAAAAAAAUGUAAUUGGCUUUGGUGAUAGUCACCUGUCUAUACUGUUCUUAGACAAUGUGUUUAGGUGGCAUGCUUUUGGUCUUGGUUUGAAGGAGUUGUAACUUCUUGAUAUUUUAAUGUUCAUUUGGAAACUGCUACUUAAGGUAUUGGUUGCUUUUACAGAGAAACCUCAAAAUGAAAGCAAGUUGUGUCCAGUACGUGGGAAAACACAGAAUACAUAUGAUGCAGCUCCGAUGUCUGCAGAAAAGCAGCUUGAAUUGAGACUCAGAGACUUUCUUUUGGAUAUUGAAGACAGAAUCUAUCAAGGAACUUUGGGCUCUAUUAAGGUAUUUUACUAUUUCUGUUUUUAUGAUGAAUAUUGUGCCUUAAAACCUGCUUGACCUCUGUGGGCAUAAUACCUUUCCCUCAAUCCAGAAGAUCUUAAUAAUUUUAAACCAAUAGCAUAUGUCCCCUUUUGGGCAAAGUUCUUGAUAGUGGUUGCCAGCCGGGUCCAGGUAUUGUUGGAGGAGGCAAAUUUUCUAGAUCCAUUUAAAUCUGGGUUUCGGCCUGAUUUUGGUAUGGAAAUUGUCUUCGUCACCCUGUGCGAUGGAGAGAGACAGGGAGUGCUGGUUAUUUCUUGUUCUCCUGUGAUGUAAUACAGUGGUACCUCGGGAUAAGUACUUAAUUCGUUCUGGAGGUCCGUUCUUAACCUGAAACUGUUCUUAACCUGAAGCACCACUUUAGCUAAUGGGGCCUCCUGCUACCGCCGCGCCGCACGAUUUCUGUUCUCGUCCUGAAGCAAAGUUCUUAACCCGAAGUACUAUUUCUGGGUUAGCGGAGUCUGUAACCUGAAGUGUAUGUAACCCGAGGUACCGCUGUACUGAAAAGUGGGGUCAGCUCUCCCGGUGCUUGAAGCCAGGAACGAAGUCGCCUCACAAAAAACUUUUCCAGCUCCAUUUCCUUAAAGUAACCCCAGUUACUUUCCUGUCUUCCACUUGAGGUAGUAGCAUUUCUGCAUUUUUUAAAUUUAUUUUGCAUUUCUGCUAUAUCAGUGUGAUUCAGGCCUGUGUUCCUGCGCCUGGUUUUUGUUUGUUUUCUGUUCGCUCUAUACUCGGGACACAUUUAGUGUUGUUAACGGUGGAUACUUGUGAUUUUUACUUGUUAAGUGAAUCAAUUUAGAAAGUGAGUUAAUUUGGAUAAUGGACUGAAGCUUUAUCCAAACAAGAUUGAAAUGCUGCUGGUGGGUGAUUCCUCUUACCAGCUGAAUAGUGUGCAGCCUGCUCUAUAUGGGGUCACACUCCCUCCGAAGGGAGUGAGUUUGUAGUUUGGUGAUUCUCCUAGAUCCAUUGCUGUCACUUGAGGCACAGAUGGCCUCUGUGGUGUGGAGCGAUUUCCAUCAGAUUAGACUGGUAGCUAAACUUUAUCUGGACAGGAUAACUUGGCUACAGUAAUCUAUGCUCUUGUAAUCUCAGAGUUGGACUGAUGCAACGUGCUUUAUGUGGGGCUGCCUUUGAAAACAGUUCUGAAGCUUCAGUUAGUGCAGAAUGCAGCUGCCCAGCUGUUGACAGGUUCCAGGCAAACAGUUCAUAUUACACUAAAUCUGAUACAUCUGCAGUUAGCUACCUGUAUGCUUUCAAGCCACAUUCAAAGUGCUGAUUUUCACUUAGGAAGCUGUUUAUGACUCAGGAUCUUUUGGAACACCUAUUCCAAUAUGAACCUUCACAGACUCUUGGAACUUCUUCAGAACCCCUUCUCCAGGUCCCCCCUCUGAGGGAAGCUUGGAGGGUGGUGGCAAGGGCGUGGGUCUUUUCAGUUGCAUCUGGGGAAUGCUCUCCCCCAGUGAGGUCCAAUUAGUACCAUUGUUGAAAUCUUUCUGGUGCCAAGUAAAAACUUCUCUUUUUUUCCUCAGUGUGCUGCCAAGCUCUCUGUGGCUGUUACAUACAUUAUUAUUAUUUUUUUAAUGGUAUAAUGUAUGCAUAUUUAUGUUUUUAAAUGUGUUAUAAAUCACUUGAAGACCUUUGGGUAAUAAGUGACUAACAGGUCUAAUAAUUAAUAAUUUUCCAUUUGCUUGAAAAUGCAACUUUAAAAAUCGUCUUUAUCUUUGUGUUAAGCCUUUCAAUAAUUGUAUUAUGCUUUAUAGGUAGCAGACAGGCAAACUUGGAGGACAGCCUUAGAAAGUGGGCAAUAUGAGUUACUAAAUGAUGAAAACAAAGAAAAUGGUAUAAUGAAAACUGUGACUGAUGACGUAGAAGAGAUGGAAGUAGAUAAUCAAGCAAGAGGUAUUGCAAGAGACAGGUAAUACCAGCAACCUUUUAGUUGUGCUAUUUAAAAUUAAUAAUGGGAUGGGUAGUUGGCUUUUCAUUCUUUUGCUCCACUUUAUCCAGUGAAGAAUGAAAUUUUUGAGGGGGGUGGUUCUUAACUAAAAGCAUUUCCCUGCAUUGUGGUAUUUUUAGCAAGGCCAAUUCUUCUAAGGAUCUGGGACAUGGUUCCCCACUCUUGUGCUAUUGUAUCAAACAACAUCCAUAAACUAUAUUUUUUCUGGUUUGUUUUGUGUAAGACAACACUUUGUUUUCUAGCAGAAAAUGGCAAGCUAGGCACUCUCCCUCAAAAGCAUGGCUUUGUUUUGAAAACGCUCGAGGACAAAAAAUUGGCACAGCCCUAGUAGUGAUGCUGUAAUCAUGUUAAGUAUAAUUGAUGUUUGGCUUUCUCUGGAAAUUGCUGAACAAAUGACACCUUAUUGAUUAUUACCAAUUAUGAUGUCAAGAGACAGCAUUCCUAUUUUCAGUUCUGUGAAGCAAUAAAACAGUAUAGGUGUUUCAUUGUGAAUUCUUUCUGCAUUCUUUCAUUACUAAAAUUGUGUGUUUGAUCUAUGCAACUCAAAUAUAUCAAUGUAUUUGGAUUAUAAGAUUUCUAAACUAAUUUUAUUUUCAAUUGCUGAAUUUUUUCUUUUUGUUUUGGAGUUUACAAAUUCGCAAAGCACCUAUAUUGUAGCCCUUAUUUCUUUCCAAUACAGUGGUACCUCGGUUUACGAACUUAAUCCGUUCUGGAAGUCUGUUCUUAAACCGAGGUGCACUUUCCCUUAUGAGGCCUCCCACCACUGGUGCCCUUCCACCAUUCAGCUUCCGUUCGUAAACCGAGGUAAAGUUCGCAAACCGGAACACUACUUACGGUUUUGCGGAGUUUGUAAACCGAAUAGUUCGUAGACAGGACUGUUGUAAACCGAGGUACCACUGUAUUCUGUUUCUUGAGAUGACACCUGUGUGAGUUUUUCCAUAACUGAUUUAACUGACCUGACCUGAGAAUUGUGCUCUUUCUUUGUUAGUUUAAAGUUAUGUUUAACACCAUUGAUGGCAUAUUUGACUUGCACUGCUGAGGCCAGUUUCACAUAAGAUAAAUUUUGUACACAGAUACUCUGUGUCAGGUGAAUCAAGUGUGUAGGUCUUUUUUGCUUCACGUACUUAAGGGCUGUGAUUAGUGCUUAUUUUUGUGGCUAAUACAUGUGCGAAAACGAGUGUGCUAAUCACACAUUACUGGGUAUAUGCUGGCUAUACACAAUUGCUAUACAGAAAUGAUUGUGUAAGAAAUUGUGUGAAGUGGCCCUGUUAGGGAUUUUUGUAACACACAAGAGUGUGUUUGAGGUGAUAUCAGGUAAUGUUCUUUUGAGAUCUUUUGAGCAGAAAGCAUAGCUCCUGGAAAACACUACUUCAAAAGUUUCAGUUUCAUUUCUUUGGAUGAGGCCUAUAUAGAAGUUACUAGUACAUUGUGCACAGUGUCCAAGGAAAUCGCUCUUAGUGAUUAGAUUAAUAUAAAUAUUUAUAUAUGUAUUAAUGAAAGUGCCAAGAGAGACUUCAUGGUUAUAUUAUUCUGCAUAUACACUACUUAAACUUGAUUUGUGUACUUAGUUACUUGAGGAACAAAUGCUUAUUUAUUUUAAUUAAGUCCACAGAAUGCAUGUUUGUACAUUCUUGUUCUGCUCACACCACCAAUGUAAAAAAUAUUUGUCGUUUAAAACUGAUGAAUUUUAAACUUUAAUUUAGAUUGAUUGUAUUAAAACCUGAACCUAGAAGCACCGCUUCAACUAAUACAAGCACUCCGCAGCCCGUGAAUAAUGUUGUCCAUUACUUGGCAUCAGCACUGCUUCAGAUACAGCAAGGCAUUGAACGUAAAUUCCUCAAAGCUCCACUUGGUACGUACCUACUUCUAGAGCCCUGUGCUGGUUAUGAGCAAAAGAAUAGUCCAUGUCCAAAUAAUGUGUCAACAAAUUGCCAGUUACUGUACUGAACAAGUUUUAACAAAUGCAAAAUCACUUUAAACUGUGUUGUGUUUUAAAUUGCUGCAACUCACCCGGGACCUUAUGGUGGGUGAAGGGCAAGUAAACUCAAAAUAAGAAUGGUGAUGAAAAUGCUCUAGAAUUGCCAAUCUAGAGUCAGGUGGCUUGGAACGUACUUGAAAUCAAAAGUGGGAUGAAUGGAUUGUGUGGGUGUAUGGCCACACCUGAACACAAGAUUCACUUCCUUGAUUCACUGUGUUCAUAAAUGUUGGGGGAAAUGUGAUCCACUUGGCAAAUGAUGAAUGAUGGUAAGCAGAGGUGCCAGAUUGAGAGGGUUAAUGUCAUGCAUGUGAUGCCACACGUGACAUUGAUGUCCCGUGUAAAAUGUCAGGAGGAACCGGAGGUGGAGCCAAAAACGGCACCUGCAGGGCUUCAGUGACGGGGGCUCCUCCUUCACCAAUGGGAGGCUGCUUCGACCCUCCUUCCCCUCCGCAGUGGCAGGAGGAGGAGUGGGCCACUGGAGCCUCACUACGUGUGUCUCCGUACUUUGUGCUUUUGGACAUUGAGGGGGUGGCCCCUACCCCCAAAAUACUCAGGGGGCCCCAAAGGGCUCGGCCCCCAGGAGCUGAUACCCCUGAUGGUAAGAAAGCAUAUUGUGUACUGUGAGCAUAGGCCUAGGAUAUGCAUGGUUACUUUUGGAAUAGGAAGCACCUCUUCCUAUCCCUUUGUACUGAUCUGGGAAUGUGCUAAUACAUCAUGUGAAGAGACAUGUGAUGUAACACAGCUCUGCAUAUUGAUGCAAAUCCAAAUAUCAACAUUAACUGCUUAGUUUUAGGGAAAUAGGGUGAGCAUGCUAGUGAAAGGUUCCCGUUUAUUUCCAAACCAGGCUUGAAAUAACUGUAUGCGUUUAACACUAGGUGAUGCAGAAGACAAUAAAAGAGACCAAAAGGGGGAUAAAAGGAGGAAAAGAGAAGAUCAGUCUAGUCAGAAAGAUGGUAAAUGAUUGACAUUAUUCUAUAUUUAAUCUUUUAAAAUUACAUUUCAUCCACUGCAGGUGUCUUUAGUAUAUUAGUCCCAUGAUCACCUUUUGAGCAUAGCAAUGCAGCUUUGAAAUAGUGGGCAGUAUCAAACUAAACCUUUCCACAAGCAAGAGCACUUUUGGCGGCACAACAGAACUUUCCAUCUUCCCAUAAGCCCCACCAAAGCUGUUGUUUGCUUUCCUCUAAACAUCCAGAGCAGAUUUAGGGGGCCGACAGGGAAAGGAGAGGGAGGGGAAGUUCCUGGCACAGCCAAAUCUUCUUGUAAUAUUGGAAAUGUUUGAUUGAAUACCACCACAUAGAAUCACAGUUGUGACAGUCUUUUUAGAAAGGAAUAGUGAAGAGCUUAAGGAUAAAAUAUUUCACUGAACUUUUACCUUUAUUUUGGUGUCUUGACCUGUAAAAGAUCCCUAAUCCUACAGCGAUCUCUGUAGCCAAACUGAAAUCCAACCAUACAUCUUGAGCUGGUUCAGUGCCUUCUGAAAUCAAAGUUUUCCUCUGUGAAGGCAGUGAUAACUAGAAAAAAGUCAGGACAGGGUUACACUGUCGCUUACUCAAAAUCUGCAUCACUAUUGAUAUUGAGCAAGUUCUCUAGUGCACCUAAAACAUUGCACUAAGGGAGAGGAAUCUACUUCUACUUAGGCAGCUGCAUUUGCGUAUUGCAAUAAACUGUAGUCAAUGGUUUACCGUGAAAGCAGGCAGCUCCCAUUUCACUUCUCCGUUAGCACAAGUAGAGUGACAAACCAUGUUGCCUGACAUAGUGCUACAUCUGAAUUAAAGGAUUGUGGUCGCUUUGCUUCAAACUAUGAUUGGGAAGCCCAAAGUUGUUGUUGGCUACCCAGUCAUGGUUUGUUCGUAUGAAACAAGCCAGGAUCCCCAUCUGAGAUGCAGCGCUCAGUCAGGGAUCAUGUUUUGUUCCCUCCACUUGCGCUAGGGCCGCGGUUCCCAAUGUGAGGCACACACCCCACAGGGGGGCAAUUUGAUUUUUUUUGGGGGGGGGGCGCAAUUCGAGAAUGAGUUAACAGCGAAUGGCCUUUUAGGCUUGCUCCACGUGAAUAGGAGUUCAAUAGUGUGGUUGGUGCCAGAGAUGGAGGGGAAGGAAGGAGGGGGGGCAAAAGGGAUGGUUGUACUGAGAGAAAGAAGCAGCACCUGGUGGCUGCUGUACCUUCUGACCUUUCCCUUCUUUCUUCCUCAACCCUCACCCCAAAGUCUUCCUACUUUGUGCCUGGUCUGCCACCAAGCCAGGAAGUCUGUCCUGACUGACUCCUAGGUGAUAGCCAUCUCUUCUACCUGGAAGAAUGAGGCAUUGAGCAGUGAUGCAGGAACUGGAGAGCCAGUGUGCCUGGGGGGGUGGAGAAGGGGGAACUGAGUAAAGGUGGCUGGGAGAUGGAAACGUUGCCGGGGGGGGAGGGUCCCCCACCUGAGGGCAAAGAACUGGAGAGUUCACUGAAAUAAAUUAGAAAGAGAAAAUAUUAAUAUUUAAAAAUAAGAAUAAACUGGGAGUAGAGAGGAAGGGGAUAAAAGAGGGAAGCUGUAAUAGAGGAAGAAGUGAACAUAAAAGGAACAGGAAUUAAGGAAAUGGACAGUUUGGGUUUGGGGAAGAGAGUGCAAGUUAACUGAAAGGUGGAGAGAAGGUCCCCUAAUUUGAGUAAGUUUGUUUUCUCCUGCUCUGGAGGCUAGUACCUGAGCCAAAAGAUUCAAGUUACAGAAAUGGAGAUUCUGACUAAACAUCAGGAAGAACUAUAUGACAAUGAGAGAUGUUCCAUAGUGGAACAGAUUCUUACGAGAGGUGGUGGACUGUUCUUCAUUGGAGGUUUAUAAGCAGAGGUUGGGUGGCCGUCUGUCAUGGAUGAGAUUCCUGCAUUGCAGGGGGUUGGACUAAAUGACCCUCUGGGUCCAACUCUACAAUUCUCUGACUCUAUGAUUCUAUGCAAAUUCUUGGAGCUUUUAUUGCCUUAUAAGCAGCUAAAUCCUUAUUUGUUGAGGGUAAUGAAGCUUCAAAAAGGAUUAUCACCCAAGUGCCUAUAAAUCAUUUCCUGAAUGGAUGAAUUGCUUAUUGGGAAAUGCCCUCUCUCUCUCUGUCUUUGGAAGAGUGAGGAUAUUCUCUUAUCUUUUAUUAUGAUUGGAAGGCAUCAGGCAAAUUAUAACUUUAAUAAUCAGUUUUCAUAUUAUUGGUCCUUACAAUGAACACCCAGUUGUCUGUAAGUGAUAUGCCCUGUAUAUUUAUAAUUUGAUUCCAUUUUUAUGAUUUAUUUAUUUAAUCAUCAUGUCUUCUAAUAGCAAACUCAUGUGGUGAGUGCCAGCAGGAUUAUAGCCAAAAUGGGGUGAUUGAGAACAGGAGAAAUAUAUCAGCAUGUUUAGGGAAACCUGAAGUUUGCAAAAGUAAAAAGAAAAUAAAAAUUAAAAAUAAGCAGCAGAAAGAAAAAUGGAAAUGUGGACUUAGAGCGAAUGCCUCGCUAGAGGAAGGCUAGGCUGACUGGAUGAGUAUCUGAACAGGAACCAUUCCAUUGGGUGACAUACCGUAUUUUCUCAAAUCUAAUGUUCACUUGUUUUGGCCAAAUUAUGUUGCAAAAAUUAAGGUGCACAUAGAUUCGAUGGCACAUUUACAUUCGCCAACAAAUACUUUUUUUUGUUUCAAGGUUCUGAAAUGGAGGUGCGCAUUAGAUUCGAUGGCGCAUUAGACUCGAGUAAAUACGGUAAUAAGACACCUCUCCCUAUCAAGAGAGAAUGAAGUCAGGAUAGAAAGCUGCCACAAACUGAGUUAACUUUUUAUCCAUCAUGGCCCCAAGAUGGCUUUCUUAGAAAUUCCACUGCCAGUUCAUAUCCCAAAUCAGUGUAUAUGUGAAUUUAGGAUUUUUGGGGCCCCGUAUGCCUCACUUUUUUCUUGCUGAAUCUCAUUUUCCAUUUUGUUGCCCAUGUUUGGAAUGAGAUCCCUUUGGAGCUGUUCCCUGUUCCCCAGGUGGGCUACAAUUUGGUAGUGUUUGCAAAUUUGUCUGCCUUUUAACCCACCCCUAACGCCUUAUCAUUUUUGAACAAGUUAAAUAGCACCACCCAACUCAUGUUAUUGGAAGAUCCCAUUCCUUUCUUCCCUCCAUUGGGAGAACUGUCAAAUCUAUUCCUACUUCAUUAAAGAGGCAGCAGAAACCUGAUUUGCAUCACUUUCCCCUGUCUACAGGUUAUUUAGCCAGUUUCUGAUUCAUAAGAGGACCUGGCCUCUAAUUCUAUGAAUAAGUUGUUUUUGUAUAAUGAAUACAAUUAUUGGGAAGUUUGCAGCCUAAUUGUUCUUUAUCACUCUUUCUUGUAAAGAUGCCAGUGAUGGUGGCCGUUCACAUAAAACAGUCUUGGACCGUUGGAGAGAAUCACUUCUGUCUUCUGCUAGCCUCUCUCAAAUCUUCCUCCACCUCUCAACACUAGAGCGAAGUGUAAUCUGGUCCAAAUCUAUCUUAAAUGCUCGCUGCAAAAUGUGCAGAAAGAAAGGAGAUGCUGAAUGCAUGGUGCUGUGUGAUGUCUGCGAUCGAGGCUAUCACAUUUACUGUAUAAGACCAAAGCUCAAGGUAAUUCAACUUUUGUUUUGUUUUGUUUUAAAAUUGUAACCAUAAGUAGUAGUUGCAUUUUACAAAGGCAUGCUGCCUCUUUGUUAGGUUGUUCCUGAUGGAGACUGGUUUUGCCCUGAAUGUCGACCAAAGCAGCGUUCCAGACGCCUCUCAUCCCGACAGAGACCUUCUGUGGAAAGUGAUGAAGAGGCUGAAGAACAGAUUAAAGAGGAGGAAGAUGAAACCAGUUAUGAAGAUACUGGACAUAGUGAGGAAGAAGGUUAUGAAGAUGAAGAGGAUGAGGACAACUCUGAUUCUCAAGAAGAGGAUGAUGAAAGGUAAAUCAGCCACCAAGUUGGCUCUAUCCAUGCAGAAUUCUCACAGCCGUUAAUAUGAUAUGUCACAUGAUGGACUUACUUAAAAUUUUAAAUUUAAGGUACAAAAAUUUAAUUUGUUAAAAGUGAUUUUAAAAAUAUGAUUUAAAAUUUCCAAAAAGUGUAUUGAUUAUUUAAUAUUUCUAAGAGCUACCUGCAAAAUUUCAUCUUGGGAUCUCAAUGGGAUCACAUUUUUAAAAAAUAUUUUGUACAUAUAUUUUAAGUAAGUCCAUCAUGUGACAUACUGUAUAUUAAAGCCCAUGAAGUUCUGAAGAGAUUGGUGUUUUUGGCUUUGACAUAUCUCAACCCAGGGCUGAGCUUUAAAGGUUUUGAUCAUUCAACAAGUGUACAAAAUAUUAAGAAAAUUGGACAACAUGAGGUAAGAAAGCUGGAUCACUUGAUAUGAAAUCACCCAGGGGUAUAGUGUUUUGUUUAAAGUGUGUACUUGCAAUUAAGAUAGGAUAACUAUGGGUAGUUUCUUAGUUUUAAAUUUGCAAAGAAAAAUUUGUCAUUCCAUAAUUGGUAACCUGACAGUUAUUGAAACAGUGCAAAUUUAUCUGUCUAAAACAGUUAAUUGAGUGCUAAAUUCACAACUUUGAAGAAUAGAGAGGAGCAAAGAUACUAGUUGUAUCACAGAAAUUGAUACUUGUAACUUCUUACAGCUUAUCCAAAUCAAGAAAACCUCAAGUAAAACUUGCUUUAAGAGCAAGAGCUGCAAAACUUGCAACCAGCAUCUCAGGUCAAUACAGCCAGCGUCAGAGUACUGGAAGAUACAGUUCCCGGAGUCAGCAGAAUACACCUAAGCAAACCGGAUUUGCAAGUAAAGCUACUGGGAAGGGCAUAAGAAAGACAAGGUCUGCUCCUUCAUCAGUAGCAAAAUCAUCAAGACUUAGCAGUCGUACAACUCGUCAGAAUCGAGAUUUGCUACAAGCAGACACAUUUAUAGAGUUGACCAGUCCCCAGAGGCGACGCCGAGGAAGGAAGACAGCAGAUAAUACUCCAGAGAGUAGUCCUUCCAGUUAUCUCGGCUUCAGAAUUGUUGAUGCUACAGAUUCAAAGGAAAAGAAAAGUUCUCCCAUUCCUAUUGUAAAAAAUUCUCCUCAAGACACAGAGCCCAAAAAGAGGGGUAGGAAACGACAAUCUACAGGUAUGUUGAAUCCUUAAAAUACUAUUGGCUGUAGAAUGAAUUCAGCCCAUUUGGGACUGCCAUGUGGAACAGGUAGAUGGCUUCUUUUGACAUUGCCUUCAGAUGUAAGGCAGAAAGAAGUUUUCAUCAUAGUAUAUAUCAGAGCUCUCCAAACUUUUCAUGUUGGUGACAUUUCAGUGGGGUUUUGCCAUAUUUCAAGAGGUAAAAAUCUGGACACAAAAGGUUGUUGAGCUUUUUUAGGGCAAUCGCCUGAUAGCCCUUCUGCUGCCACCAAGCCCGAGCCACCCACGCCCGCCACAGCCAGCACAUUAACCAGUGUUCCAAAAUCCAGGACAUUUGGUUUAAAAUGCAAAAUUCCUCCCAGAUGGGCAUGUAAGGCCCCCAGAAGAAGAGAUGUCUGGGAAUUCCAGGAUGUAUGGCAACCCUAUUUUUUAGACAUGCAUCAUUGUGUGACAUAGUAAUUCAGUUUUACUAGCAAACUGGAGGUUAAACUAACCCCUUUCCAGCCCUGGGAGGAGCACAGGGAGCAUUCGUGCGACAUACCUACACAAUGCAGUCGAUACGCUAAUGUGUCGCAACACACAGUUUGGAAAUCUCUGGUAUAUGUAAAAGUACGGAUGUAGAACUAGGGAGGUUUGUUAUUGUAUCCUGUGGCUUUUCAUACUCUUACUGCCAGAAAUACAUGGCAUAGCACUAUGGAUCAGAGUCUUGCAUUUUUUCUUUGUCAAGAGAAUCAAUUCUUUUCCGUUUUCUCAUUGGUUGUCUCCCUCCAAUCUCAUUCUUAAGGCUUUUCUAGGUAGGGAGGCCAAGGCCACCUGGCUGGAGAAUAGAGAAUAUUCAGAACAUUUAAAUGGCGCAUGGCAAUAUACUAGAAAGCUUUUCUAGUCUGGUCAAGUAAAGGUUAUAGGAUAGAAGGCUUGGAGUAAUCGGUUGAAUUGUUUCAUCUUGGGAUGGGCUUAGAGAGUUUGCAACUUGGGGCAGGCCAGCAAGAGAGAUUAAAGAUGCUCCUCUCUGACUGAACUUACGUCGUUUUUGUCCCGAGUUAUAUCAGGGAUGGGCAAAAGUUUGGAGGAGUGUAAUGCACCCUUGUGAAAUAGCUGAUCUUCUAACAAAAAGAAGAAACAUCUUUCAGAUCAGCCUCCAUACCCGAGGAAAACUCAGUGCAAAAAGAGCUUUUAAGCUCUCUGCCUUGCUUGCAUUUACCUUGCAGAAUUUCAACCAGCUGGUCUUCAAUUGUGUAUGAUUGAAACUGCAAGUUUGAAGUGCAUAAGAUGCCAUCAUACUAUGCACCAGUUUGUUUACUAAACAUUUUUCUUCAUUCUGAAAAGGAAGCCAGCUCCUUUCAGGUCGAGUCAUUACUCAAUACUUAGUACCAGCUUACACAAAUUGUGUAGUUUUGUAAACAGUUGUAUAUCAAUGAAUGUCUUUUGAGGGGGCUGUUUCCUUCAGAGGACACUGGGGGUUGGUGGGCAGGGAAACCCAUUCUAGCUUUCCUUAUCCUCGACUGUAGCACUUUGAGUAAGGAUGAACUCAGAUCAUAUUGUUUCUGUACCACUUUAGCUUUUCUUAACAUGUUCCUAUUCCCUCAGGAUGGGGACGCGGGUGGCGCUGUGGGUAAAACCUCAGCGCCUAGGACUUGCCAAUCGCAUGGUCGGCAGUUCGAAUCUCCACGGCGGGGUGCGCUCCCGUCGUUUGGUCCCAGCGCCUGCCAACCUAGCAGUUCAAAAGCACCCCCGGGUGCAAGUAGAUAAAUAGGGACCGCUUACCAGCGGGAAGGUAAAUGGCGUUCCGUGUGCUGCGCUGGCUCGCCAGAUGCAGCUUGUCACGCUGGCCACGUGACCCGGAAGUGUCUUCGGACAGCGCUGGCCCCUGGCCUCUAGAGUGAGAUGAGCGCACAACCCUAGAGUCUGGCAAGACUGGCCCAUACGGGCAGGGGUACCUUUACCUUUACUCCCUCAGGAUAAUGUAUUUCUUAAAUAAUUUGUUUUUCCCCAGAGCCGUCUCCAAUGCCUUUGAAUAGGAGAAGUUCAGGACGUCAGGGUGGAGUUCAUGAACUGUCUGCUUUUGAGCAGCUUGUUGUGGAAUUGGUGCGUCACGAUGACAGCUGGCCUUUUAUGAAACUAGUGUCCAAAAUCCAGGUAAAUAGAUGGGGUCCAGUGUUGUAAAAAGUGACAUUUACUGACAAACCAGGAAUAGUCAAAAAGAGGAAGAGUAGAAAAAUACUUCUGAAAUUCAAUCUCUACAUUUGAGUCGUAUCUAGAACUAAAAGUUUCAUAUGUUACUGUAAUAACUUGGGUAUGCCUCACCUAUCUAUUUUGAAGAUGUAAAAUUGGUGGAAUAUAUGGGCUAAUGUAAGGGACGUGGGUGGCACUGUGGGUUAAACCACUGAGCCUAGGGCUUGCCGAUCAGAAGGUCGGUGGUUUGAAUCCCUGCGACAGGGUGAGCUCCCGUUGCUUGGUCCCUGCUCCUGCCAAAAUAGCAGUUCGAAAGCACAUCAAAGUGCAAGUAGAUAAAUAAGUACCACUCUGGCGGGAAGGUAAAUGGCGUUUCUGUGCACUGCUCUGGUUCGCCAGAAGCGGCUUAGUCAUGCUGGCCACAUGACCGAAAGCUGCACGCCGGCUCCCUCAGCCAAUAAAGCAAGAUGAGCAUCGCAGCCCCAGAGUCAUCCGUGACUGGACCUAAUGGUCAGGGGUUCCUUUACCUUUACCUUUACGGGCUAAUGUAGUGCUAAUGCCAGAGAGAUUGACUUUUUUCCAAUCCUUAUUUGAAUGCUAUGACAACGGAAGUCUUAAGAGACAGUUCAGCAAAGUCAGUGUUGGGUCCUGAAAUUCAGAAAGGCUUCUGUUGUUGGCUGUGUGAAGAGGGAGCUUGUUAACUCCAGGUUCAGCAUUUUCUGUUUUGUUCAUAGCUCAGCAAUUAUUGGGAGGUAGCUGAACACACACCAUGGAUGGGUAAUGUCACCACCUUGCAACUGAAGACAGGAAAUGCAAACUGAUGUUUUGCAUUUUAACUUGGUCCAGUGAAUGACAAACUGCAGGAACAGACUUAAUAGAUCCAGAAAGGGAAACAUUAUUAGGAAAAAAACUCAUAAUAGUUUAAAUUGGCUUGUAUUGUAAAACAAUGUAAUGGCCACAAGAUGGCGAUGUUACCCAGCCAUGUUGCCUGUUAAUCACCUAGAAACACCCUUCAGGUGAGAACCAGCUGUUCCACUUUUUGAACAUUGAAGUAGAACAAUGAAAAGUGCAUACAAAUUCAAGACAUGAUUCUGUACUGCACAGUUUGAAAACAGGCUGAUCUAUUGACCUGUUCUUAAGAGAUGAUGGAUUGGAAAUAUGUAAAAUACAUACCUUGUAACUGCUGCAUUGUUGUUAUUUAGUCGUGUCCGACUCUUUGUGACCCCAUGGACCAGAGCGCGCCAUGCACUCCUGUCUUCCACUGCCUCCCGCAGUUUGGUCAAACUCACACAUUCCUGAUAUUCAGAAAAAGGCAGGACUGCCUGUUUGGGUGGGCAGAUUAAAAAGAUUUAACUUCUGAAUGAGGUCUCUUGAUUUAUUGCCUAAAAAUCAUGAAAAAUAUUUUGAUUGUAUGUACUUUUUUGCUCUUUCUCUCUGCACUUUUAAAAAAUGUACUUCUUUACCUAAAUGCAGGUACCAGACUACUAUGAUAUUAUCAAAAAACCUAUUGCCUUAAACAUAAUCCGUGAAAAAGUCAACAAAUGUGAAUACAAACUAGCUUGUAAGUAAAGUUUUCUAAAAUAAUUCUAUUUCUGUUGCUUUAAACACAGUUUAAUUUACAAGGCAUCGGAAUGACUUUAGUUUUAUGUUAUUCUGAAACAGUGGAGUUAUGCAUUAGGAGUUAUGCUCCCAGCAGUGGGCGUUCAGCAUAUUGAACAAUACACACUUGAACAUUAUUUACCUCUAGCUGAAAUGUGAGAAUACUCUCUUGUGAGCCAAAGUAAUCCACCGUAAGGGUGGUGGUGUCUUUGUCUAGGAAACAUUGAUUUUGGGAUUAUCUAUAAUUUUUAUAACAUUAUGGACUAAAUGUGUAUUUGUUUUUUCUUCCUUACAGCAGAAUUCAUUGAAGACAUUGAACUGAUGUUUUCAAACUGCUUUGAGUAUAACCCACGCAAUACAAGCGAAGCAAAGGCUGGAACAAGACUUCAGGAUUUUUUCCGUGUUCAGGCUCACAAGCUUGGACUUCCUCUUACUUCUGGUUACAUGGACCGUGCUGCUCCAGCAGCCAAAAAAUCCCGAAUCUAACGUCUUCCUUUUAAAGGACUUCUAUUAGAGGAAUCCUCUUAUAUUUUCAUGGAAAUGAAAUAUUUAAAUCAUGCAGCCAUAGAAAGCAAUAACAUCUGUCACACCUUGGAAGUGUGACCUGCACUAUGUUCUCAAUUAUUAAGCACUCAGGAGAAUGUAGGAAAGAUUACCUUUGCUACAGUUUUGUUCAGUGACUAAUAACUUUGAUCGAUGUGUUUUGAAUACAGUACUGGUUUACAGUAGCUUUUGUACUUUUAAUGACCAUUUUGUGUCAAAAUACCUUCCAGAAAUAUUUUUCUUCAGCACCAUAUAAUAUUGUUAUAUUGUUUAGAUCUUGUAGGAGCUGUGGCAUUGUCUUGUGAGGGUUCUACCUAGGCUAAAACAGCCAUCUGCAACGCAGUGGACAUCUGAAGUCACUUGAGCACAAAGUUUUGACACUACAAGUGAACGAGUACACCUUUUUAUCAUUUAAAUUAGUGUGCUGGUGCUGGUUGGAGAAAUUCAGUCUGACUUUAUUAAGUAGAUAUUUAUUUAGCAUUCAAAUAAUUUGUGGAUUUGUUUUUGUAUUUAUAAAAAAAUUUACUUGGAGGAUAAAGAAUUCAUUAAUUUCCUGUUUACUCUGUGUUUAGUUGUUUUAAACCUCUCAUGAUCAGUUAAUUGUCCUCUACCUGGCAGUUCUUACAGCAAAACUGAAAGUUUAUUUGUACAACUUCUGAGUGUAAAAAAUAAAGUGAAACAUUUUUCAAAGUACUACUUGCUUAUCUGUAUACUAGUGGCUGCCCAGUUCUUGGGUGAAGCAAGAAUAGAUAACAGGACUUGCCACUUGUUGAUUCUAUUAGCAGCAUUUCUUAAUUGAUGUGUGAUCCUUUAAUGUUUGCAGAUCUGUCAUGAUGAACUAUUCCAAUACCCGUGUCCAUACUACUCCUGCAGAUGUCUUGAAAACUACUUAUUUAAUUUUUUUCUAAAACUUUUUGUCAAUAAAGUAAAACAAAAAAA